GGGGUUGUCCAUGUGGAGAGAGUGCGAAGCAAGGCAUUACUGUGAGAUCUGCAGAUCUGGGCGAACUUUCAAACCAGUCUAUCACAUCACAAGGUAAAUUAGACGAAAUAUAUCGAGCUAUCGAAAUAUAAUUUUAUUAAGCAAUAAAUAAAUUAUAUUAAUAGUAACACUCCCCAUGGUAUGCAGGCAGUCACUGUAGCACAUCUUGGAGUAAGGCACGUGUUUAAGCUUUAGUGCAAGUUUUUAUUUUCUAAUCCCUCUACACGUUCUAUUGAAUGGUUAGUCUAGAUAUAUCUUGAGCAUAUUUUUUGUAUUAUAUGAAAGUUUAAAUAAAAAAUAUUGCAAAAAAAAUAAAAAAGUAAAUUAAAGUUUCUCACCUGUUGAAGUAACCCAUGUAUCUCGCUGUUUAGGAGGUAUAGCUCAUUUUGUUUUAUUUCUGGUGGCUUGUGCUAUCCUGUUAAUGUCAGCUGGUGCUCUGAGCUAAUGAAUGAUGUACAAAUCGUUAAUUAUAUUGCUAAAGUGUGCCCUAGCAACCAUGAUUGAUGCCAUUUUGACCCAGGAGUCACACAAAAAAAAAAAAAAAAACCCUAUCAGAAAUGCUAAAUCACUUAUCCUUUGUUACAAAUAGAAUGUGCAAAUACAGUGUUUUUUUUUUUUUAUAUAUAUAUCCUUCUAUGAGUUUUACACAAGGAACACUAGGGUUAUCUCUUCAGGGUUAUCUGUGUUGAUGGUUAAAAUUACACUGUAGGCACCAAAACCACUAUAGCUUAUUGUAGUGGUUCUGGGACAGAGAUUACACAGCUCGGCCUGCAGGGACAAACAGUGACUUUUCUGAGAAAACGCCGUGUUUACAUUGCUGCCUAACUCUACCAACUCUGACAGCCACUAAAGGGACUUGAUUUGGUCCUGCAAAGAUUGUAGAACUGACAUUCAACGUUUCCAUGUCACAAGGACAGCCCAUUCUGCAUUAUUAAACCUGGCCAAUGAGCAUCUCCUCAUAGAAUCAAUGCAUAUCUAUGAGGAAAAUCCAGUAUCUUCAUGCAGUACAGGAAGCACCUCUAGUAACCAUCUGAGGAGUGGCCACUGGAGGUGUCUCUAGGUUGCAAUGUAAACACAUUUUCUCUCUUUUUCUCUGAAAAGACAGUGUUUACUGCAAAAAGUCAGCAAGACUGACUAUACUUAUCAGAACAAAUACAAUAAGCUGCAGUUGUUCUCAGUCCAAGCACCAUAACCACUAUGUCCCAGAGUAAGAUGUCAAACUGUUUUAGACUGGUUUGCCAAUGUACCUGGUCAUGCCAAUACCACAUCUGUUAUCCUCCUGCAGAAGAAGCCAUAUGUCUCUGUAGAGUAAAGGACAGUAGUUGCAGAACUCUACAACUCGUCAGUUGAUGAUGACUUUUUUUUUUUUUUUUAUUAAAAUAUAUUUAUAUACUUGUAUUGUUGUUGUUCUCAUCAUAGAAAAGUCAACGGCUUGCAGAGAUGACUUCUUUAGCUCACCAGCUUAAGCGCCUUGCACUCCCUCAGAAUGAUUCCAGUCUGUACAGUCGGAAAGUGGUUGCCUCCCUUCUCUAUGAUGCUGCAGAAGCUGCAAACAUUGACCGAGAAACAUUCUACGCAUUAGGUAAGCGUUCUAUUUAUUUCUUGGUGUGGAGUAGGAAAUUCACACUAAACAUUACCACAGCUUUGCAGUAUUACAAUGUUUGAGGUGCACAGAGUACCCUGCACCUACUAUCAACUCUUACAAUGGCUUAUAUAUUCCAGCCGCACAAAGCUAGCAAUCAGCCAGCCAGAAUUCUAUCAUGUUGUCUACCACUUUCAAUGUUGUCUAUGUUGUAACUGCACGUCACCAGCUUAUUGAGCAGUUCUAUUAGCUUAUCUAGAUGAUUGUAGAUGCUGAGGGGGUUGAAUAAGAUCACAUCUGCUAGAUCAGAAUGAAAAAUGUUUGGGGGGAGCCUCUUCCUGGUGACAGUGGGGUUUGCCUGGAGUUGCAGUCACCUGAUGUAAAUUGUUCAGGAUCUCAGGAAGUAAGAAUAUUUAUUGCAUUUUUUUUUUUUUAAGUACCCUGUUUAUUUCCUUUUAACUGAUAGAAGACUUUAAAUGUAGUUUAGAAGAUAAAGAAGCUAUCCUGUGAUCUUAAUAAAUCAUGCUAUUUUUCAAAUGACCUAGAAAUUCAUGUCAACUUAAGGACCACUAUAGUGCCAGGAAAACAUAUUCGUUUUCCUGGCUCUGUAGGGUCCUUGGGUCCCCCUCCCGCAGGACUCUAGGGUGAGGAAGGGGUUAACCUCCUACCUUUUUCCAGCACCGGGCUCCCGGGCACUGGGGAAUCUCCUCCUCCUUCUGCCAUCAUCGGCUGAAUGCGCAUUCGCAGCAAGAGCCACACACGCAUUCAGUUAGUCUCAUAGGAAAGCAUUUUCAAUGCUUUCCUAUGGAUGCUGGCGUCUUCUCACUGUGAAAAUCAGCGAGAAGCGCGGAAGCGUCUCUAGCGGCUGUCAAUGAGACAGCCACUAGAGACUGGAUUAACCCAUAUGUAAACAUAGUAGUUUCUCUGAAACUGCUAUGUUUACAGCAGGCAGGGUUAAUCCUAGAUGGACCUGGCACCCAGACCACUUCAUUAAGCUAAAGUAGUCUGGGUGCCUAUAGCAGUCCUUUAAACUGCCACGCUAAGAUUACUUGUUUUCACUUGAAAUCUUUAAGCAUGACAGUUACUUAUAAUAAUAGCAAUGUAGCUCCCUAUCCCUGUUUCAAUACACUUUUUUUUAAAUAUACCACUGCAUAGAUACACAACACUGUUUGCAUGAUGUCACAGGGGAAUGUUAUGCACCCACAGUAAUAGUCCCAAAUAACUUGUAUGGGCUUAUAGCAUACAUAUCAUAGUAUAUAUUUGUUAGCAGAAUAGGUUCAUUUGCGUGUUGUACUUACUCCAAGUCAAAUGGUCAUGUUGCUUGGAGUCUUCAUGUGCAGGGUUUCAGUGUGAUACUGUGCACAUACAGGUGUAGCUAAUGAUGUUUCCGGAGCUGUUAAGUCAACCCCCAACCGCAUAAUUAGGUAGCCUGGAACACGUGUUCUGGGCUGGCUAAUUGUAAAUUCUGUGCGUAUUCAUUGGCUGAGAGCACACACCUGAUGCUCCCAGCCAAACAAUCAGCAGCUGGAUUAACAUUUGGCUUCAACAGCUCUCUAGAAGUUGAAGGUUGUUAACCCUGCUUUAGAGGUUACCGGCUGUCCAGCUGGACCCAGAUUAGAGGGAAAACCAUUGCACCAAGGCGCUCCUAGCAUUAUCACUACUCUUCUCGGAGUAACACUUUAAUGGCUUGUGACUACUGUUAUGGGCAAAUGCAAAUAUCACAAGUUUUAGAAUGAAAUGUUGUAUUUCUUAAACUGUGUACUUUGUCUUUAAGAGAUAUUGCAAACUGACAAGGUUUUAGAAAUGAAACAUAUUGUUUUUCAUAGAUGUUUCUUUAAGCAAUAACCUCAGUGCAUAUUAUGUUUACGCCAUUUUGUCCCAGACGAAUUACAAUAACAACAAUGCAUAAACAAGCUUCAAGGCUAUGCUACGACUCUUUCAGUACACAAUAUACUGUGGUAACCUUAGUAGAUAAGGAUGUUUAGACUUUAAGAUGCCAUCUUGAACUAAGUCAGGAAAAUUUCCAUGAUGUAUACACCCUUUAGUUAUGGCCUUGUAUGUUUGCCAAGUUAAGGGAGGUCCUAAAAUGAAUAAAGUAAAAGAAGUGUUACUUUUUCAUAUAUGAACUACGGUAACCCUAAAAUGGAGACACCUAAGGUAUAAAUAGGUGUACUUUUAAAUGUUAAGACACAGAGGAGAGAACUGGAGACAGAUGCUGCUCCAUCUUAAAAUGACAAAGAGGCUGACAUGAUGACAUGUUCAGAAGGGUAUGCUAACCUAAUGAUAUUUGCAAGCAUUUAGUUUAAUCUUAUAAACUCUGCUAUAAUGGAUUUUAUAUUUAUAUUUUUAUAUAAUAAAUAUCCAAAAAGACAAAACUAUUGCUUCCAAGACAAUCCUUAUUUUAUAUUGUAUUUUCAAUUAUUUAUAUAUGUUAAAUAGAGGAUCUCUUACACUAACUAUAUAAAAUUAUGGCUAAGAUAUCUGUAUGGUUAGCCCUACUACGUUCUUUGCUUUAAGACGUUAUAGUGGUAAAUAAGGGAACCAGCCGCGGUUACACUACUAAGCUACAUGUAGAUAGUAUGAUGUUUGAGAUCUUUACAAGGCUAAUAUAGAAAUUUAAUGUAAAGAUCAGGAUUCAUUUAGAAGACUUGGUACUACAGAUUUGUAACAAAGAAUAGAUUCAUAGGUGGGUAUCUGCUUGUGUUUUAUUCAAUGUUAAUGAUAAAACUGUGUAAUCAAUGGAAUGGCUAUUAAAAAUGGUUUUGUCUUCUUUCACUAUAGGAUGCACAGGCCUUGAAGAGCUCAUAGGCAUCGACUCUUCUUUUGAACCCUUCGAACACACUCUGUUCAGCCACACUUCAAAAAGCUUGGAGCGCAGUGUCCAGACAAAGGCAGUGAACGAACAGCUGGAUGAAAGCAUUGCCACUUUCCUCAUACACUUGUCCCCCUACUUCAUGCUCAAACCAGCCCAGAAAUGUCUGGAGUGGUUAAUCCACAGGUAUAAAAAACACAGAUUAAAUGGACAGGGAUGUUGACUAAACAGUGAAUUCUCCAAAUAGAAAUAGUAAUUAAAAAGUGAUAUAACAAAACACAAAGUUUAUGUUAUGAUAAACAGCUUUGGAAAAAAAAAAUGGAAUGUCCGUCCAUGUGGUAAAAGUCUAUGACAAUCGAAAUUACAAUAAAUUGUAGCAAAUGUGUAUCAGCUAUCAAGAUGUUAGACUCCUGUUAUUGAAUAGCAGGAGCUCAAUGCCUCUGAGGCUGAUAUUAUGUUACCUAUAUUUGACAGUAGAAUAUAGGUAUGAAGUCUUCUUUUAAAUUGCCUAAUACCUGACCAAGCUUGACAAAGACCUCUUGGUAGGUCGAAACGUUGCUGUCUGUUUUGUUACAAUAAAUCUGCCUGCGGCUUUCACGCUUUGAGUGCCUGGAAAUCUUUCUAGAUUUCAAGACAACUUCAACACAAGAGACCACUAUAUGGUCAGGUAUUAAGCAAUUUAAAAGAAGACUUUAUACCUAUAUUCUACUGUAAAAUAUAGGUAACAUAAUAUCAGCCUCAAAUGCAUUGAGCUCCUGCUAUUCAAUAACAGGAGUCUAACAUCUAGGUAGCUGAUACAUAUUUUCUACAAUUUAUUGUAAUUUCGAUUGUCAUAGACUUUUACCACAUGGAUGGUCAUUCUAUUUUUUAUUUUUCACUCUUAUAACACUAUAGUCACCUAAAUUACUUUAGCUAAAUAAAGCCGUUUUAGUGUAUAGAUCAUUCCCCUACAAUUUCACUGCUCAAUUCACUGUCAUUUAGGAGUUAAAUCACUUUGUUUCUGUUUAUGCAGCCCUAGCCACACCUCCCCUGGCUAUGAAUGACAGAGCCUGCAUGAAAAAAAACAACUGGUUUCAUUUUCAAACAGAUGUAAUUUACCUUAAAUAAUUGUAUCUCAAUCUCUAAAUUAAUCACAUACAGGAGGCUCUUGCAGGGUAUAGCAAGCUAUUAACAUAGCAGGGGAUAAGAAGAUCUUAAUUAAACAGAACUUGCAAUAAUGAAAGCCUAAAUAGGGCUCUCUUUACAGGAAGUGUUUAUGGAAGGCUGUGCAGGUCACAUGCAGGGAGGUGUGACUAGGGUUCAUAAACAAAGGGAUUUAACACAUAAAUGGCAGAGGAUUGAGCAGUGAGGCUACAUGGGCAUGUUCCAUACACCAAAACUGCUUCAUUAAGCAAAAGUUGUUCAGGUGACUAUAGUGUCCCUUUAAAACAGUGUGACUACUUACCAGUUGUUUGUAGAAGGUAUGGUCUUGGAGUGUUGCUUUAAUCAGUAGUAGAUGCCUGCUUUUGUGUACUGACUUUUUGUUCUUUUUUUCAGAUUUCACAUCCAUCUUUACAAUCAAGAUAGUCUAAUUGGAUGUGUUUUACCAUAUCACGAGACAAGAGUGUUUGUUCGAGUCAUUCAGCUGCUGAACAUUUCAGAUCCAACUCACAAAUGGCAUUGGCUACAUCCAAUCCAGGUAUUUCUGACAAUAGGAACUAUUAAUAUUAUAGUAUUCAAGUUGAAAACCAUACCUGCAGAUUUUACUGUCGACCUUUUAGUUUCUUUUUUUACAUUUUUUUUUUUUUUUUUUUAUGGUUGUUCACUCAUGUGAAAAUAAUGUAAUGGUUAGUUUAGUUUAUUGAAGUAAAAAAACAAUUAACUGUAUUGUGAUUCAUGGCAGCACUUUCUGCUGUUGAGAAAUUGUACAGGUACCACUUCACCAUUGAAUGACCAGAUUCCAUUUGAUUUGGUAACGUGCAGUUGACAGACAGUGUUGAGAAGCUAAGAGAUAACAUUUAUAUUAAUGAUUUUAUUAGCAUUUGUUUCAUAAAUUUACUGAUAGUGGUCUGCCAUAGGUUAGGUUUCAUGCAAUAAUUUUCAAGGGCAGAUUACCUAUUUGUUUAAGUUCAGAUAUGUUAGAUUACAUCAAGACAAAAAAUUGCAAUUUGUAAGAAAGGAAACUGUUUCUGUUCUCAUGCUAUAUAACAUCCUGUCUUCCAUGUUGCUUAUGUGCUCCCUGAUAUUUAUUGUUAAUCUUUUAAACAGACUCCAGGUGUCCCCCUUGCCAGAAGCACUCUGAUCACACAUUGUCACAAGGACAUGGGCUUUCUGGAAUACAUUUGCAAACUGGUGACCAAAUCCAUAAAGGUUAGUAUAAAUCUUGAUGGAAGUCUUACAUGUGGCCUCCUUAUCCUGCAGGAGGAGCAUACCUAAAAAGGACAAUACUAAAAAUGAAUAAUUUAGAAACAUUUGAGGACUGGAUCUAUCCCUCACUUAACUGGGAAUUUACUGUCACAUUAUUAAUUGUGGAUCAAAACAGCAGAUUUGGAAAAUUUCUCUUAUUUUAAUCUUAAAUUUGCAAUUACCAACAGUUCCUGUUGUAGUUAAUAAGUGAAUUUAGUCCUUUUUUCUAGUGCCAUUAUUACUCAUUGACAAAAUUGACUUAAAUAUAUGUUAACAGAUUGCCAGAUUGUUUUUCUAAAAUAAUCUCUUGUGAUGGCAAAUCAUAUAGGGUUGUUCACUAAAGUGAGAAUUCAAGGUGAAUUCAAAGAGAAUUUCAAAUUUAAGGUCAAAAUAGCUGAAAGGGAACAUUUCUCUAAAUCAGCUAUGCUUUCUGUUCUGCUACUCUGCCUUAAAGGACCACUGAAGUCACCUAGCCCACUUCAUCUCAUUGAUGUGCACUGGGUGCAGUGAUCCUGUCAUGUUAACACUACAACGUAAAACAUUGUAGUUCUGUAGAAUCCGUAGUGUUUAUAUUUUGGUGUUAAAUACCCCUAUAGUAGCAGUAUUCCUGACUGCCACUAAAGGAGCCUCAUUUCCCAGAACCGAGAGAAACUUGGUCUUGAAAUCAAAUGCUGCUGAUAGUUAUCUUUAUUUAACUUGGCUUUUACUGGACAAGAAGGAGCGGACAAUGAUCACAUCGCUAUAAGGAACCUAUCGUCCUAAAAUAAUGAUUAUUUCUUGAAUUCUCAGUUUAGUAAGUAUCUCUGAUAGUGAUAUUACUGCAAAUAUGUUUAAAUUGGAUUGUUUAUUGAUUUUAUUCAGUGUUAAAGGGAAAGUCCAAGUAUCAUAUUGCAUAUGGUUGGCAUUCAAUGCCUUCUGCAUGGACACCUCAACAUACAAUGUGACACCAAAAGCUGGAACUUGUCAGCCUUUGUUAAUAUACUAUUUUCGUACUUCAGAUCAGGUGUAGAAAAAUAGUUGGAUGCCAUCUGGGUUGUAGCGGUCAAUAAAAUAGUUUUAAUGAUAACUGUCUGUACAAGGUUAUAUCCAUUUCAUUAAUGUUUUUUUCUCAUUAUUUUCAAUAGGCAUUUGCUGACGAUUCAGGGAAGUCUGGAAAAUUGAGAGUGUUGUUGUCUUUCUAUGUAUCCACAAUCGUGGCUGCUUUGGAUGCAGCAGAAAAGGUUUCUGACUCUCUGGUUGCAAAACUAAUUCCAUACGUGCAAAAGGUAACCUUUAGUAAUAGAACGUGCUGUCCGAGUUUUCAUAUAAUGUAAAAUCCAAUAUUGGUAUUUCAAUACAACAAGCAAAGUAAUAGUUUUGGUAUAUAAUCAUAACAACCUGUACUCAUUGCAUAUGUUGAGUUCUCUGUCUACCCUCUAAUUCACUAUAGCUUCAGUAAUUUUUCUAAUUUUGGUGCAGCAAUAUGUCCACCAACCCACUGUCUGGGGUGGAAGUCCUAAGUAACUUGUACAUAGUCUUUCAUUGCUUUCUAUAGUUUUUCGCAGCUAGGAGUUACUUUAUUUUAGGAAAGCAUACAUGAAACCACUCACCAAGCUAACAGAUGCCUUUGAUUGAAAGAAACUGCUUGAGACGCACAAACUCUUUUUUUUUUUUUUUUUUUGGCUGAGCUCUAGCCUUCACAAACAGUGAGAAGACAGUAAAAUUGAACUCCGCUUUUGAUUGGUUUAUCACUAAAUGAUGGUUCCUAACCACACACUGUCUGCUGCUUGGGCUAAUGCUUUCACACUAACUAGACCAGCAAUAGGUUCCAGGGGCAGGCUGAGAAUGUUCAGUAAGUUUUUUUUUUUUUUUUUUCUCAACCUGUUAAUGUGGAGUUACACACCUUGUAAGCCGUUUCUGCAGGGAUGGGCCAGAGCCAUGGGCAACCCGCAACCCUCAUUCAUUGUCAAGCUGUUUGAGAGGGAAGAUGAAGUGGUUAAAGGACCACUAUAGUGCCAGGAAAACAUACUCGUUUUCCUGGCACUAUAGUGCUCUGAGGGUGCCCCCACCCUCAGGGUCCUCCUCCCGCCGGGCUCUGGGGAGAGGAAGGGGUUAAACUUACCUCUUUCUCCAGCGCCGGGCAGAGAGCUCUCCUCCUCCUCUUCAGCUGAACGCGCAUGUGUGGCAGGAACCGUGCGCGCAUUCAGCCAGUUAAUAGGAAAGCAUUCACAUUGCUUUCCUACGGACGCUGGCAUCUUCUCACUGUGAUUUUCACAGUGAGAAUCGCGGAAGCCCUCUAGCGGCUGUCAAUGAGACAGCCAUUAGAGGCUGGAUUAACCCUAACAUAAACAUAGCAGUUUCUCUGAAACUGCAAAGUUUAUAGAAAAAAGGGUUAACCCUAGAUGGACCAGGCACCCAGACCAUUUCAUUAAGCUGAAGUGGUCUGGGUGCAUAUAGUGGUCCUUUAAGGUGCCCAGUGUCCCUUUAGAAGGGAGUCAUUUUGAGCUGUCCUUUUAAUGAUUUGCUAAGUGAUACUUACAAUAAAGGAAAUUGAGAAGCAUGGUUUAUUUUUUCUUGUAAAUCUGUACUAGGCUUAUGCAAUGACAGUUCAGAAUACAGAAUCAUUUCUGAGAUGAUUAUUGCACUUAGAUAUUCUUAACAAAUCCCUCUCUGCAGUCUCACCCUGUAAUGCAUAGUCUGUAUGUACUGUUGUCCCACAUCGUUGCAUCUGAACUCAAUAGGAUUUGGGUAGUACUGUGUUCGACCUUCAUUGCAUUGAACUUUUACCUCAGCAUCAUUUUUAAGUUUUGCUCUUCAGAUAAACAAUUGAUGGGUUUGAUGGUUUUUAAUUUAACAAUGUAGACACUCUAGAAUUGAACACAUCUGCAGCAGAGCAGUCUUGUUCCAGUUUCAAGUGUUAUUUCUCCUUCAUUUUAAAGGGCCUGAAGUCUUCUCUGAUUGCUUACAAAGCUGCCACUUACAUGAUAAUCUGCCAAUUGUCAUUGAAGACCAUGAUGGCUCCGGAACUGGUCAAAGCUCUAGCAUCACAAAUUAGCCGAAGCCUCGUAAAAACUUCUUUCAUGAUUCGUGAAGGCCUAGGCUGUCUGAUUAUCCUGUUGCAAAACCAGGAAUCCAGGGACCUUGGGAAAAAGUGAGUAUUAAAGUAUUUGGAUAAGGUGCAUGUUUUGGUAAUUUUUUGUAAAAAGUCUUUUAAGUAAAUGUAAUUGUUCAUGACAUUAAGUCAUAUGGCAUUUUACUUCUGGGUAUUAUUCAUAUAUUUACAUGCACGUAAAAAGCUGUUUGUUUUUCAUGCUAGGUAUGUAUGUUAGUGUUUUUGUUGAUCAGUAUUCUGCAGUAUGUCAGCUUUCUCUAGAGUGAUUGGUAGCCAAGUGCAGAUUUUACACUCCACAUGUUUAAGUCUUAUUAUUUAAUUAUGAAGAAGAUGUGAAACCUACUUAGGGCUGUAUUUAAAAAAAAUGUUUUAUUGUGUUGUGCGUUUUUGUGUGUGCAUGACCUGGCUUUGGAAAGCUGUCCAUUAUAUUAGAGGCUCAUGCACCAUCUUGCUUAACCAUUACAUGUUGCCUAUACAGAAACCUGUAUCUUCAAUUAACCUAAAGCCACCCAUAUAACAAAACUAUACAGCCCACAAUAAUUUAUAGAUAUAUUAUUCCGGUACACAGCAGACACAUUGUGCAGCACACACCUUUCCUCAGACUACAGGAAACUCAUGCACACCAUUCACUGUAUUAGUGCUGAGAGGAAGAAUGGGGGGGGGGAUGAGAAUGGAGAGGUAGAAAAGGUGGGGUUUGAAUUAAAGUGAUUUGAAAACAAAAUGUCAUAAUUUAGGCUAAAAUAGCUGACCUGGAAAGAUUCGCCACCUUAGCUAAUUUAGCCUAACUUUUAUGAUAUUGUUGAUCUUGUGCUUUAAAUGCCGGGUUGGUGACUAGCCUCCAGUUUCCAUGCUGUUGGCAGGGUAUGUUCAGUCUCUGAGUUUUGCCUUGUUUAGCUACCUUACAGCCUUGUUGCUUCAGCACAAGUCAAAACAUGAGUUUACAGAUUCUUCUGGCAAGGAUUAGGAUGCUUAAGAUGGAGUACAGAACACAGAGAAGCAAUGUUCCGUUCAGUACAGCUGCUCCUUCCUUCCUGUCUUUGUAUCCGGGAUGCAGUAUGGUCUUUUUCUCAAGGAGCGUUCCACCAGGUUACUGCAUUGCCAAUGUUCAGAUGGAUAAUCUGGCUUUGGGGUAAAAAUAAGCCUUGGUGAGACUCAUUUUGGUUAGUUACAGUGUAUUGCAUCUGUAAGGCAUUUCUAAAUUCCAUAGAUGGAAAAUAAAUGUUUUCACUGUUCUGAUUAAUGUAUACGUGUCUUGUUUCUGUAGACCAUUUAGAAUGCUUUGCAAGGCCCCCGACCUAGUCCCUGUCCUGAAGGGGAUUGCAGACUCGUAUGAUACCACUCCUCUGUUGGAAUACCUCCUACCAAACUUAGUACGUGGGCUAAUCCCUUCUUCUACAGGUAUGUAUGACUCUUUUAUGGCUUUCUGUACUUUUGAUUACAAACUGAGAUGAAUAAUGGUUGUUUAAAAAAUACAUUUAAGAAAAAUUACAUUUAUUCUAUCUUCCUACGGAGCUGCUAACUACCCUAUUGAUCUUUUGUUUGUGUGUGUGUGUGUGUGUGUAUAUGUAUAAGUAUACAUGUUUGUUUUUUGUUUUUUUAAUAUAUCUGAUUUUUGUAUCUGUAGAGGAAAGCUCAGCAGAGCCAAGUUUUGACGUUUGUAAAGGAAAUCUGGAAGCAAUUCUCCAUGGCAUACCUCUUGAGAAGGAUUUAGAUAAGCUGUUAGCCCGGUAAGACAUUUUCUGCAGGUUGGCAUACUUUUUUUAGUCUUUGAAAGAAAACCCCCCCCAGCAUUUAGUACAACCAUUAUAUAAGUGGAUUAGCUUUGUUAUUAUUGAUUUAUUUAUCCAUGUCCAUAUUCCGUAUGGUUCCAAAACAUUAAGUAAAUCCCUUGUUACCUUGAAAGACCUGUUAAUUUUUUUUCCCCAAGGUGAGCGGCAGGUAAGUAAAACUCUAUUUCAUAUUUGGUAACAUGUUACAGAGUGAAUAUUCUUCAUAUACUUUCAGUAACUGCUUGUGUACCAGGGGCCUGGACAGUGCAAUGCUUUGUGUGACUGAUAAAUUGUCUAAUGUCAGGAUUGAAUAAGCGGGCUCCACAUAUUCGUUCUAAUUGGGCGUGUGGUGUCCUGAAAUUUGGCCAACAUGUCAAAAAGGAUUAAUGUGCUUAAAACUAAUGACUCUUUAAUGGAUCAUUAUAGUGCCAGGAAAGCAAACUUUUCCUGGCAAUAUGUAGUGCUUAGGUCCCCCCCAACCAUGGCCCCCCUUCCGCUGGGCUGAAGGUGUUAAAACCCCGUCAGCCACUUAACUUUCACCAGCGUCGGGCUCCCUCUGUGCUGGGGAACUCUACUCCCCUGCUGACAUCAGAUCCAAGACCCACACACGCAUUCAAACCGCCCAUAGUGGCUGUCAGUGAGACAGCCGCUAGAGGCUGGAUUAACCCUAGUGUAAAUAUAGCAGUUUCUCUGAUACUGCUAUGUUUUCAGCUGCAGGGUUAACAUUAGAGGGACCUGGCACCCAGACCACUUCAUUAAGCUGAAAUGGUCUGGGUGCCUAUAGUGGUCCUUUAAAGAAUCCCUUUUCUAAAGUGGCAGAUUUGUUUUUAUAGAGCGUUAUGGCAGCAUUGUAAAAGUGAAGUAGUCCAUUUGAAUAUUUCAUUGGAUUCAAGAGUCUUUUUUUGUUUUUUUUAUUAUUCUUCUUCUUUUAUUUUUUAAUGGAAUCGAAACUAUGAUGUCUGUAAUUUUAAUUUUGUAAUUUUUAAAAUUUUUUAUUAUUUCUAGCACCCUCCUUGAUGAAUUUCUCUCCUACGGAGAGAUGCAUCUGUCCGAAUCAGACAAAAUUUCAUCGUUGGGUCAGAGUCUCCUCCCCCUCAUCAGACUCUUGGAAAACAAGUAAGUCAAUUGGAUUGUUUUUUUUAUUUUAUUUUUUUUUAUCAAAAUGUGUGUUUGUUUUUAUUUGAUUAUUGAAUAUGUUUUAACCUCCUUCUCUGUAGUAGCUUUCUAUCCUUCUUGAGAAGAACAAUGUUGUGCUAUGUUAUUUCGGAGUAGGUUUAAAUUACACAUUUUAAAUAAUGUUCAUUAAUCAACAAAUGACAAAGAACAACUAGCUUUUAGGAUUGCAUAGACUUUUUUCAGACGAUGCCACCACUAUUUUUAAUAAACUCUUUAUUUUACUAGCUGUAUCCAUGUUCCUUUGUUUUCUGCAUAUAUACAUUCAAGGAACGUGCUAGGCACCAUAACCAUCACGCACAAAGUUUUAGGACAUUGACACUUUUAACAUAAACUCCUGUUUACUAGAACUGAAAUUGAUUCUCUUGUUGCUUGUGGAUUUAGAGUUUAGAAAUUUCAGCUAAAGGUUGAGAUCCCAAUAUUUGGGUAAUAAAAUAAUCGGGGUGAUGGUAAAUAAAAUAAAUAAUUGGUGUAAAUAGUAAACAGUUUUUUAUGAAAAUAUGUAACGGUACGGUUUUCUUCUAUUUAUUUUAUUUAGGUGGCUUUUAUUUAUUGCGUGACAUAUUUUUCCCCUUCAUUGUUUUCGUUUGUAGGUAUCCUGAUUCUCUCGAUUCUGUGUUGGCGAACCGAUUGAAAGAUGUUGUUGAGCAGGAGAUGCAAGAUGUAUUUCACCAAUUCAUUUCACUGUCCACCAGUGGUGGUAAAUAUGAGGUACGAUGCCCUGUUAGCACAAGCUAUUCUAUGGGUGUUAUGACAGUGCAGUUAUUCCAAGCUAUUGUUGAUAUUUGUGUUGGGGUGUAGAUAUGUUAUUCUAAAAUGUUACAGAAGUAUACCAUGCCAUAGAACGUUCUCUGUGUCCGUCUGUGGGCAUUUCUCUCUAAAUGUAGUUAUCUAAUUUGUUCUCCAUUCUAGUUACUGGCUGACUCUGACACAUCUCUCCUGCUAAGCUUGAACCAUCCACAGUCUGGUGUGAGGCAGUUGGCUCUUCAACACUUGAAAGAAAUCAUUGCAACAUCUAAGGUAAGAGCCUUGUGCAAGGUUAGCCAAACUGUAAAUUGGCACAGUAACUCCAUGGUUUGGGGCUCACUUCUAAUGUUGCUGUCUAUUUUUCUAACGACGAACCGCUACUCACAAAAUUACCUGUAACUACUGUUGGCGAGUUGUAGCUGUUUACUGACUGCAAAAGUUCCCCCGUUGUGACAGGCAGUUACUGACUGCUGCUAAUUACAGCCAGUCACUGGGUAGCGGAUUGCAGCUCCUAUUAUUCUCUAUCGUAGCAACUGUUUUUCAAUGCUCUCACUGCUGCCACUGACUGUUAAUAGCUACAUCCUUCGUCCGAUACACCCUACAGGAAAAAUACAUGGUAGAUAUAAGGCAUUACACGUAAAUGCCAAAGCACAAAAUCAAAACUUAUUUAAACCAUAUAUUAAAGGACCACUAUAGUGCCAGGAAAACAUACUCGUUUUCCUGGCACUAUAGUGCCCUGAGGGUGCCCCCACCCUCAGGGUCCCACUCCCGCCCGGCUCUAGGGAGAGGAAAGGGUUAAAACUUACCUUUUUUUCCAGCGCCGGGCGGGGAGCACUCCUCCUCCUCUCCGCCUCCGAUCCUCCCUUUCGGCUGAAUGCGCACGCGCGGCAAGAGCUGCGCGCGCAUUCAGCCGGUCUCAUAGGAAAGCAUUUACAAUGCUUUCCUAUAGACGCUUGCGUGUUCUCACUGUGAUUUUCACAGUGAGAAUCACGCAAGCGCCUCUAGCGGCUGUCAAUGAGACAGCCACUAGAGGAUUUGGAAGCUGGAUUAACCCAUUUAUAAACAUAGCAGUUAAUCCUAUCUAGACCUGGCACCCAGACCACUUCAUUAAGCUGAAGUGGUCUGGGUGCCUAGAGGGGUCCUUUUAACUGCAAUAAAAUUAAAAAAAGUCAGACACUUAAUAAAACAAUAAAAUUGUUUAUAUAAGUGAAAUGCAUGGGUCAUUUAAAUGAACAAUUUAUAUGGCCGAAAUGAACAUCAGAGGUUACAUAGAUAUAUAUCUGGUAAAGCACAGAAUCACACUGUAACAUUGCAUACCCUGUUGCUAUUUCUUGCUAAGCCCAAUCACUGGUCAAGUAUGCACGAGCGAGGGGGCACUGUAGGGUACUCAUAGUCUAUAGUUUCCCUUCAAAUUUAUAUUUCAUUACUUCACUGUAGCUCAAGCAGCCAGAGUACUUAAAAGAUUGUUCUCUUUAAAAUGUAGAAUUAAGGUUUAACACAGAAUUAAAUGGUAAAUUCCUUUUAAAAUGCCCAAAACAUUUUAAAAGCUUGAGGAAAAACUGUUUAAUUUGAAUAUAUGAUUACAUUGAAUUAAUUUAAAUACUGGAUUUCCACAACAAAUUAAUUUCCGUUUAUGCUGUUUGAUCUAAUACAGAUUUUCCUCUUGUUUUUGACACAGGCAGGGUUUGAUGAGUCCUUUAUACAGGAAGCCAUUAUAGCUCGACUUAUGGAUGAAAACAUUGAAGUUGUUAUGUCUGCCUUGGAUGCCUUCAAAGUAAGUUGUAGCACACACCAUUUUCUCAAGACAAGCAGUGCAAUGAAAUGGAUAUAAAUAAUGGUGCCAGGAAACCAAAAUGAGGGUGCACAAUGUGAGGGUUAAAUAGGUGACCUGAUCAGUAACAACAAUGGAAGAGUAAAUAAACACAAUUUUAAGGCAAUUUUAAAAAAGUGAACUGGGACUACUUAAAGGUACACUAUUAUAGGGGGAAAUGUGUUCAGACACCCUCUUUAAGAUAUAUUUACCCUUGAAAAAUCAUGCUUCUACCAUAUAAGCGGUUUGAUUGGCUGCUGUUGUCCUCCUUUUAUGGCAACUUUUUAAAUCUGUUAAAGGGUUACUUCAGGCACUAUGAUCAUUUUAAGUGAUUUGAAGUGGUCAUGGUGUCCGGAGUCUGUGUGUGCAGCUUUUUCAUUUGAAAUGCUGCAGAUAUAACCCCUCUGCUGCCAGAGGUGUAACUCCAUCUCUGGCAGCAUCAUUGGGGUGUCAUCAGAACUAGUUCUGGGUUGGCAAAUGCCAAUUAUGUGCAUUUUUAAAUUCAAAGACUCUAAUUUCUUGGCUGAGAGCGUUCAGCUAAUGGUCUCAGCCAAUGAAUUGGUGUCAGGAUUGGCAAAAGGCUUCUACAGAAGCGGAAUGUCUUAAAUCUUCCUUUGGCAGGGCCAGAUAAGAGUGCCAUCAGACCCUUUUAAUGUUUGAGACGUGUCAUGUAAUUAGAUGAUGUCCACACUGUAAAAUGACUAGACACAUCAAGGCUGUUUAUACCUGAUGAAGUGCAACUUUUCUCUUGCACAAGCUGUUCUCAAGCUUUUAAAACAAUUAGCUGCAUGUUUGUGUGCUUGUCCUUCUGUCUACUUUUUACCAAAUAGCAUAUUACAUCUACCUCUGUGCCUGUCACACUGAAAAAUUAUAUUCAGAUUGUAAUUAUGGUUACUUAAAGGGAGACUAUAGUCUAAGCAGUUUUUGUAUAUAGAUCAUGCCUCUGAAGUCUCACUGCUCAAUUCGCUACCAUUUAGGAAUUAAAAUCAUGUUUGAUUCUGUCCUUGCAGCCCUAGCCAUAUCUCCCCUGGCUGUACUAACACACAACCUGCAUGGGGAAAAAAAGGUUUAAUUUUCAAUCAGAUGUUAACUUGCUUUAGUAGGUGUUUUUUUAUUAGUUUUUUUUUUAUUUUAUAAAUUUCCUGCUCUUUAGAGGGAUACUAUAGUGCCAGGAAUUCAAAGUUGUAUUCCUGGCAGUAUUGCUCCCCUUCCCCCCACCCACCUUUUAUUUACUUACCUUAUCCCAGCGCCAUUGUCCCUCAGCGCUGGGUCGACGCUCCGCAACGUACGGGCUCUAAUGCGCAAGCGCUUCAAAUGCAGUGCGCGCAUUUGACGUCCCCAUGUGAAAGCAUUGAAUUAAUGCUUUCCUAUAGGAAAACAUCUGACGCUGGGUUUCCUCAUGCUGGGUGUCCGUUUCAUUCCAGAAAGCCCUCCAGUGGCUGUCUGGUAGACAGCCACUAUAGGCUGACUUAGCACUGCAAUGUAAACAUUGCAGUUUCUCUGGAACUGAAAUGUUUAACAUUGCAGCAAUAUGUGCAAAAGGGACACUGAAACCCAGACCACUUCAAUGAGCUGAAUUGGUCUGGGUGCCUACAGUGUCUCUUUAAAUUGAAAUGUAAUCACACAAGAGGCUCUUACAAAGUAUAGCAAGAUAUUACCAUGUAAGAGAUAAGAUAUUCUAAAUUAAACAGACUGUGCAAUAAAGCAAGCAUAUACAUUUAAUCACACUCUAUAGAAAGUGUUUAGAAAGGCUUGUACACGUUAAAUGCAAGUAGUGAUUUAACUUCUAAAUGGCAGAGAAUUGAGCAGUGAGCCUGCAGUAGCAUGCUCUAUACAUCAGCUAAAGUUGUUUUGGUACCUAUAGUUUCCCUUUAAGUGUGGUUAGUUGACAAAAAUAAUCUUUUAAUAUAGUAAUAUGCAAUUACAUUAUAAUUUGUAAAGAAAAGAAGAUAUCCAAUACCUUAAAGGACCACUCUAGGCACCCAGACCACUUCAGCUUAAUGAAGUGGUCUGGGUGCCAGGUCCAGAUAGGAUUAACCCUUUUUUUUUUUUUUUUUAUAAACAUAGCAGUUUCAGAGAAACUGUUAUGUUUAUAAUACGGUUAAUCCAGCCUCCAAAUUCUCUAGUGGCUGUCUCAUUGACAGCCGCUAGAGGCGCUUGCGUGAUUCUCACUGUGAAAAUCACAGUGAGAACACGCAAGCGCCCAUAGGAAAGCAUUGUAAAUGCUUUCCUAUGAGACCUGCUGAAUGCGCGCGCAGCUCUUGCCGCACGUGCGCAUUCAGCCGGAGAGGAGGAGGAGGAUCGGAGGCGGAGAGCUCCCUGCCCGGCGCUGGAAAAAAGGUAAGUUUUACCCCUUUCCUCUCCCCAGAGCCGGGCGGGUGGGGGCACCCUCAGGGCACUAUAGUGCCAGGAAAACGAGUAUGUUUUCAUGGCACUAUAGUGGUCCUUUAAGCUUUUUUGUUUUUCUCUCUUUCAAAAAAACAGCAUGCGGUAAAUAGAUCUAAUUAAUGUGCUCCUGUUUCUAUUAAUUUAGUUUGUCCUCAGCUACUGUUCAGGGAUAUUUGAUAUAUUAUCAUAAACGUAAUGCUUAUAAAACACUCCUUUCCAAGUUUAUAGUGUCACAGAAUAGUACUCUCUAAAAUGAAGUGCUGACCACUGAAGGCAGCUGUAGGAUUUUAACAUAUUAUUUGCUUUAACUUCAGAUUUACAGCACCCAUUUCAACAGAGAUGCCACAAUUUCUAAUCUUCUACCACUCUUUAAACGCAUCGACCUCUCUCAAGACAAUGAAUGGUAUGUUUGGCUAUUUAAUCUCCAUCAGAAAAUUCUUACGUGUUGAUUCCAUUGUUCGUAUUCUCGAUGGUCCUCAUUCAUAGAUUUGGAAUCAACCUUUUGUGAACAUGAAUAUUUUCUCUCUUUGUAAUUUAUAAAAUUUCAAUGUACAUGUUUGGUCUGACUUAGGCUGUCGACGCUGUUCCCUGUUUCUGGGUCAACCGACUAUGGGUCUCCAAAGUGAGAAUUGGUGGCCCUGAAAAGCACACAGUGGUUAUGGUUGUUAGGUUGCCCCUGCUACAGAGAAUUUGUUAUAUGGAAACAUACCUGCAUACAUGUGUUAAUUGGCUAGAAAAAAUUUUGUGUACUUGAUAUUAAAAUAUUGUUAUGAGAAGUACGUAAAUGUGUUUAGCGAUAUGCAAAUUGAUGAGUUUGCAUUUUUUUGCGGGGGGGGUGGGGGUGGGGUGGAGACUCGCAGGACAUAUAAGUAUGUGCAAUCUCUCUUACAUUAUGUUAUAUUGUAUUUGGAUGUUCUUGGUGUAACUCCAUGGAUCUGAGUGAUACUAUUUCAUAGAAAUAAACUCUUCAUCUAUUAAGAGAAGUAAUGUUUUUGUCAUUGACUUACUACAAGUGUGUGUGUGUGUGUGUGUGUGUAUGUAUGUGUGUAUGUAUGUAUGUGUAUAUAUAUAUAUAUAUAUAUAUAUAUAUAUAUAUAUAUAUAUAUAUAUAUAUAUAUAUAUAUAUAUAUAUAUAUAUAUAUAUAUAUAUUCAUAUAUUCAUCCCCCUAUUCAAAGGUGUGUCGGCACCUGAAAAAACAUUAUUUAGUUUCGCACAAAUAACUGAUCAACUACAUGUUCUAAGUGUAACAUAUAGCUAAUAUAUUAAGCCUCAAAGGGUUAAAGGGACACUACAGACCCCUAAAGCACAGUUGCUUGCACACAUUGCUGUUUCCUAAGCUUAUUUUUUUUUUAAAUGUCCAAACAAAUUCCGAAUUGUUGUUUCCUGGAAUCUGUGUUGACAAAUGUCUUGUGUUUUAUAGGUACAGAGUUCUUGAAGAGGCAACAGUUCUGCUGGUCCAGGAAACCUCAAUAAAAGAUGAUCCUGCUCUGAGCACUGGAAUGUUAAUGAUCCUGAUGCCAUACUUGGUGUUUACAAACAGUGACACGAACUCUGCUGAACAGAAAAUGGCCCAGUAUCUGGCAAGGAGUGGUAUAUGUGACCUUCUUCCUCUCCUGAAGGGCUGGCCGGAAGGUAUGGGUACUACUGUCCGCGUGGAAGUUAUAGCUACAUUAAAGCUGAUGAAGACAUUACUGUUUUAUUGGGUUAAUAUUAAUGUUUCCGUAACAUGUCGGCUCACAAUUUACACUUGUGGCUACUUAUUUGUGAGUUGACAUGUGUCUUGUGACUCACUGACUGUGAGACUAGUGGACACAUUUUGUGCUUGGCCUGUUAGGCCAAAAGGAAACAUAAACCACAACAAUUUAAACAUCCAGGAUUCUGAAUUUUUUUGUAUUUGUUAUUAAACAACUUUGCCCAACAAGAAUAUAGUUUUGACUGUUUGACAACAAACUACUCAAAAAUAUUUCUAAAAGGAUAAUCCUUUCAUCAAGUAUUGAAAGGAAAUUGAUAUUUUUUUUUUCCCCAUAAGUAAGUGUAUAAAACAAAAAAUAGAAAAAUCAUCCAUACCUUUAGUACAUGACCAGAUCUUUCAGCCAUAUGCAAAUAUACCUUGGGUCGGACCGUGUUUCAAAACUAUAACUAUCCUGGCACACAGAAGGCAGUCUUUCUUAGGAGUUCAAAGGUGAAGACACCAUUUUGGCAAAGGCUUAGGAGGUGACGAAACGUUUUCACUUUUGUACACCUAAUAAAGACUGCCUUCUGUAAGAAACCAUCAGGUGUUCUAGGAUAGCUAUAUUUAUCACUGCUGGAUGUUUUGGGGAAUCUGGAGCACCCUGGUGGUGGAUGUAUUCCCCUUAUAAUAAUGUCGUGUGCAUUACCCUCUACAUUUUGGGAAUGUUUGGAAACUGACAAUCUCUAUAGUCUUCCCUGCUUUUGUGCAGGGAGUGAAUGAGGGAAGAUCAUAGAAAUUGUCUGUUUGCACACUCUGCUUAAAUGAUGGUGCAUGCGGAAGGAUCCCGUCAUAAUAAAGGUAGGGAAGCAUUUUUUUCUCAUUUUGUUUACAUAUACUUCAUUUAAUAAAAAAACAAAACAAAAAAACCUUCAUUUCAAUACUUGACAGGAUUACAGUAUAUUCUUAAAUGUUUUGAGGUGACAGUUGUUCUUUGAACACAGGAUCAUUUAAGAUUAAACAGUGAGCAUUGUGUUUACAUGUAACUGUGUUUUUCUAAUAUAUGUAAAACUAUCAUAUGUGCUCAAUAAGUGUUUUAUUCACAGUGCUUGAUGACACAGUAAAAAAUGCUAAGCCUGCACAAAUACUUGCUCUGGUAAAUGGCAGUCUGGUCCGAUUGUUGUUAAAGAAUAUGACUGCGCUGGAUGUCUCUUCUUGUUUGCAAAUGGUAAAUCAGUAUAAUGUUUGGAUACCCUUAUGUGUCAAUUCUCAGCAGAUAGCUGAGCGUGUCUGGAUUCUCAUGAUGAAGUCUCCCUAGGUUCAGAAGUGCUUUGAAAAUAUAAGUCUAUUACUUUCAUCCACUGCCCUACCCAAUCCCCUUAUACAGUAGAGAACCAGUAGCUUUUACAGAGAUGAGUUGGUAUAGAACUUUCUUUAUCAGAUACGUAAUUAAACUUUGUGUGUCAUGUACUCACUCCUAUGAACCUCCUGAUUUAGUUGCAGAUGCAAGUCCCCUUUACUGGGCUCCAGUAAAUAAAUCCAGUGAUGCUGGUUAUAUAAAUGAGAGUAUAUUCAGCCAUCGAAUCAAAAAAGUGUUGCAACGUUUAACAAACUUCUGUGUCUUUCUCAAGCAAUGGACAUUGAUGGCUGCCAAAACAUUGUCGCUAUUUUGGGAUUGAUAGUUGAACAAGUUCCCUUAAAUCACCAAGUAGCAGGCUGAGAGGAGACAAUACCAGACUUAACUUUCAGAGAACAGACCAUGUCUCUUCAAAUUUGUAAUAAUGCUGAUGAAUAGCACUGCAUACCCUGCCACUUGCAAAUACUAGAUAGUUGCUGUUAGUUAUACUGGCCAAUGAUUGCAAUUUCUUGUGGUACGUUCAGUAUAUUUGGAGCAGUAAUUAUCAGUCUCUAUAUGUAUGUAGUAUGUCAAACCAUGCUUCUUUGCUGUUUUUUAUUAUUUGAUUUUAAGGCUUAAUGAUAUAUAUAUAUAUAUAUGUGUAUGUAUGUAUAUAUGUGUGUGCAACAUAUACAUUGUCUCACAUCACAUGUUUAUGCAGAUGGAACACAUGAUACAGGAAGUUGAAAACGAUUCUGACAAGGUGAGGCAGAAGGUAACAUUCCACCUUGUCUCCUGCGCUCUCAUCCAAGUAUGCUGUAGCCAACAGGACCUCAACACCGCUGCUCAGGUUUUCCAGCUACUCGAAAAAAGAAUUAAAAUGAUUGAUGCAUCAGUAUCAACAGAGGUAAUAACAUUUUUAUUGUUUCUAGAAAGCGUGCAUGUUUAACGUGUCUGUUAGUUAUCAUUUUAAAAAGUCCUGGGCAAUACCAAGAUCCAGAGCAAAUCUCUCCAGAGAUCUAGAUUUCUAAAUAUAAAAUCCCCAGUGUUUUUCCAGUGUAUGUGGAAAGUUUAAAUGUGCCUAUUUCUUUCAAUCGUUCACUUUUCUUCAAUUUUACCUAGUAGUACAUUUGUUUUGUGACCCUUGUGUUACUGCUGUCAUGGCCACAUUUCCAUACAUCACAUCCCGUGGGUCUUUAGUAGUGAUGCCGCGAACUUGCCGCGAACGGUUCGCCGCCGUUCGCGGGGAACUCCGGUCAGCUGACACAUCCCUGCCAAUCUCCGGCAGACCCUCCCUCCCAGACCCUCCUACUUCCUGGACAGCAUCCAUGUUGAAGGCAGCUUCAACAUGGAUGCUGUCCAGAAGGUGGGAGGGUCUGCCGGAGAUUGGCAGGGAUGUGUCAGCUGACCGGAGUUCGCUGCGAACGGUUCGUGGCGAAUUGUUCGCGGCAAGUUCGUGAACGGUUCGCGACAUCACUAGUCUUUAGCUACCUCUCAAAAUUGUUGGCAUGUAUAUUUCAACAUGAAAUAUUAUUGUAAACAAUAUUUACACGUACUAUUUUACAAGGCCGGCUCCUACGUAUUUGUGUUCAGAAUGUUACGCAUUGAAUUAAGUUUCUCUGUACCUAUCUACAAUGGACAAAUAUUAAUCUUGAAUACUGCUAAGCAUGAAUACUAAUCUUAUUUUCACAGGAACUCAACAAAAAAUGGCUUCUGGACACGAUGAGUGAGGAUCAUCUACAAGUACAACUGUUAAGUGAAUACAUAGAAAAACUUAAUGCUGGACACUCUACACUCAAGGAAGAAGCUGUUUUGCAUAUGGUUCUUUUGAGAAGCUUUAUACGCAGUCUCCGGUGUCCAGAUUCCUUUUCUAAAGGUGAGCUUUUGCCCACACAAAAUAUACCACUUGGCCCUUUUACUGGUGCCCAGGGAGAAAACUUCUGUAUUGAGGCUGUAGGAGGCAGAGGGUUUGGACAGAUGGGUACCCCAGGACUUUGGAGUUAAAUUGUUUGAAAUUAGUUUAACUCCAUUUGGUAAAAUGGUGGCCAGGACCUCCAGACACCAUACUAAAAUAACGUUGUUUUGCUUUUUAAAUUACCAGCUCCUGUAUCGUUAAUGUAAUAAAUAUGUGCUGCUUAAAAUAAAUUGUUUAUAGUUUGUCUUAAUUUAUCCAAUUUACCUGUUUUAUAAAAUGGCUGUAUUCCCUAUUGCUAGUUCCACUACAGAUUAUACUGAAGUAUGGACUUUUUGAGAGGGCACCUUUUGUCUGACAUAGUUGCAUAGUGCUUACUGUUGCUUCGGCAGAACAAAUUGCUCCAUUAUUUUAUGAAAGCUUUUAUGUGUAAUUUGUCCGCAAAACCUGCAAUAAAGCUAGAAUUACUUUAGAGUGGCACGCUGGCAUUUCAAAGGGAUGUUUCACAAUGAUAAUUGUUAGUGCUGAAAGUAAAAUAACUUGUAUUAUACUUGAUAUUCAAGACACUGAAUUUUUUUUAUUUUAAUUGCUACAUCUAGUAUAAAAAAAAACAAAAAACGACAAAUCCCAAAACAAGAUUUUAAGUACUUUCUGCAAUAUUUACUUGGCUUUUGGUUUGUGAAGUAACAAAAUAGUUCUGUUUUUGUAAGUCUGCGAAGGAAAACUUUUUUACGUGUUCUAUGCGCAGUUCAGGAUGAUACCAUGUUUACUAAUAACAGCCAGAACAAUGUCGUCUGGGAUUUCUAGCACAUAGAUGUAUGGCAUGCUUAACAUUUAAUGCUGUAAAUUAAUUUAUUCCCCUGUCUUAUCCACAGGUGAAGUUUGGUGGAAUCCCGAGACUAUGGAUAGUCAGAGCAAAAUCUAUUUGCAGAUCCUGAUUGGCCUGUUUGAAGUGAUUAUUUGGGGUGCCAGUGAAGGUCCAUAUGCCAUCAACUUUAGAGCUCUCAUGGGUUGCUUAUUUCAGGUAUACAGCGUGUAAUUUCUGUGUGUGUCAUAUGCUGCAAGAGUCACAUGUUGGAUAGACUUGUGCAUGACGGGAAAGUUGGGUAGAAUUAUAUUUCCCAAAAUUGAAAUGUUGUUUAGGAUGUCCAUCGAUCGUUCAUAUGCCUGCUCCGUUCAGCCAAAUAUCGUCCAUCGAAAAGUAUUCUUGGAAACUUUUAAACAAACUAAAGAAGGGUGUGACAAACAGGCCAAUCAGUGUACUGGAAAAUAUUUACAUCAAGUACAUAAACAUUUAGAUUUCAGGAUGCUGAUGGGCAUGUUUUCCUGCCAUUUGGUUCACAGAUCAAUUGAGGAAAAAGUACCCAAACCCCGGGGGGAAAAAGGGGAGGAGCAGUGGAAAAAAAAAUCUAUAGUUAUUUUUUUCAGUUCCUCUUUUUUUCCACCCUCUGUUGGUGAUUUCUUGCUUAAUCUGUGAAUAAAGUCAAGAUUUAGUGUCUCAUUAUACCAUCAUUAUAUCAUUACACCAUGGCUCACAACUUUUUUUUUUCUUUCCUCCUUUAAGGUACACCUAACGAAUCAUAUGGAACUUUUUAGUUUUCUGUCUCUCUUGUGGACAUACAGCUGUAAUCUCUCCAAACCUUUGGACUGCACAGUAAACGCAAUUCUCCAAACCCGCGCGCUGUAUAUUGGUCACAACUUACUGGCAUCCCAGGCAGCUCAGAAAAAGAGACAAUUUACUCCCAUCUCUUUCCCAGGUAGAAAUUAGCUGAAACCUGAGCAUUGUGGGGAAAUAAUACAUUGACAGGUUGUGUUUCUAUGUAGAUAUGUGAUGUAUGUAUCUUGCAAACUUUUUCCCUGUCUUUUUUUUUUUCUUUAGUAACUGUAUCUUUGCUGGUUAACUUGAUGAGCCCUGUGCGAGAGGUUCGCAGGGCAGCCCUCAUCUGUUUACAGGCUCUCUCUCCUAUGAGGGAUUCCCCAUUCAUUCCUGUUCUACAAGGUGUGCUGCAAAAAUCCGAAGAAAUAGUUGCUGAUUCUACAUAUGUGGUUCAGGUAAUAAAUAAUGAUGGAGUAUUAAGGAAAAUAAGGGUUUCAAAUAUCUGCGGUGCUGGUUAGUCAUCAUUGCUAUGAAGAAAUUGUAUAAAUGAGUCCCCUCUAGCUUUACAGACCAUUGUAAAAGGUUGUGCAGUGAAUGUAUACUUUACUGAAGGGCUCACAUUUUCUCCAAGCCUGCGAACCAUUGACAAGAGAAAGUUCACUUCCGGCAACUGAGCCCUGUCUUCCACUGUCUAAGAGAAUCUUUAUGGGCAUGUUAUAUGUAUAACCAAAACAGAUAUUUUACAUUUGGAACUUCCUUAUCUUUUGAUGCUAUGCCAACUGUGACAAAUGCAAGCCAUAUGGAGGUUAGCUUAACAUGGCUAUAUGUGCUGGAGAGGGUUAGUCGUGCCUUGUAAAUGUUAGGCCAGGCUAGUAGUAAAUGAUGUAAACUCCAAAUGCUAUGUUUUUAUGACACACGUAUCGUGUAACAGGGGAUAGACUGUGGAUUACACUGUAAAUGUUUGGGGGUUUUUUUUUUUUUUUUUUGCUCCUUGUAAAUGUGUUUUCUGUUGCUUUAACUCCACAGACGUUAGGCUGUGUGUUUGAGGACUUACAGGCACAGAAGCUUUCUGUUGCGUUGGAGAAUCUUCUUAGUCUUCUACAGUCACCCAGCUGCCCGUCCUAUGUUGGGAAAGUAUUGAUGAAGACACUUGGUGAUGUCAAUGGAGAGGUUUGUUUAAUACAUUCUGUUCACUCUCAGUUGGGAUGGUCUUUAUUUUGUUUUUUAUUUCGUUUCUUCUCCUCAAUAAUACUUGAAAGAACUAGAUGCCUCUACAAACCCCAUGUAAUUUGCCCUGGGCCAUGUGAUCGCGAGGUCCUUGCGAGGACCCCGCGAUCACAUAGACGGCAUAGCCGCCCAAGGAAUUGCCAGCAGGGGAAGUGCCUGUAAUGACAGGUACUCCCCCUGCUGCCUGGAAAUAAAAUUAAAAGAUGUUAAAACAGUGUAAAAUUAAAUAAUAUAUACUUAGAUCAUAUAUAUAUUUAUUAUAUAUAUGAUCUAAGUGUAUAUGUAUAUAUAUAUAUAUAUAUACACAUACACAUAAAUACACAUACAUUGUCUUCGUGUAUUUUAAUAAUAUAUACAUAAUUUUAUAUAUAUAUAUAUAUAAAUAUCAAAAUACACGUACAAUGAUAUUGAUUAAAUAUAUAUAUAAUUUUCAUUAUAUUUAUAUAUAAUAAAAAUAAAUAUAUAAAUACGUUAAAAAAAAAUUAAAAAAUAUAUAUACAUGCGUAAUUUCGUUCUUACUGUAUUUUCAAAUUAAUAUAUAUAGAUAUCAAAAUACAUGUAGAACAAAAUAAUAUAUCUAUAUACAUAAGUAUAUACGUAUAUAUCACUAUAUAUAUAUACCUAUAUAUAAAUAAAAAUAAUAAAAAAAUUAUAUUUAUUUCUACGUAUAUAUUUAUGUUAUCAUUUUACAUAAUUAGGUCAUUUUAUUAAUUACAAUUUGCAGGACCUGCUUGACAACCCAGGCCGAAAGUUCAAGGAAUUAAAUUUUCUAGCACUAUAUUUAACCCUGUAACAUGGGGGGUACUGUUUUACUCUGAAGACUUCGCUGAACACAAAUAUUAGUGUUUCAAAACAGUAAAAUGUAUUACAACGACGAUAUCGUCAGUGACAGUGAAUUUUUUUUCAUUUUUCACACACAAAUGGCACUUACACUGACGAUAUAAUUGUUGUGAUAUGUUUUACUGUUUUGAAACACUAAUAUUUGUGUUCAGCGAAGUCUCCCAGGUAUAACAGUACCCAUCAUGUACAGGUUUUAUGAUGUUUUCAAAAGUUACAGAGUCAAAUAUAAGGCUUGCGUUUCAGUUUUUUCACAUCAAAAUUCGCCAUGUUGCCUUUGAGACUGUACGGUAGCCCAGGAAUGAAAAUUACCCCCAUGAUGGCAUACCAUUUGCAAUAGUAGACAACCCAGGGUAUUGCAAAUGGGGUAUGUUCAGUCUUUUUUAGUAGGCAAUUAGUCACAAACACUGGCCAAACUUUGCGUUCAAAUUAGUUUUUUGCAUUUUUAAAUAUUAACACUAACUUUGGCCAGUGUUUGUGACCAAGUGGCUACUAAAAAGGACUGGACAUACUUCAUUUGAAAUACCUUGGGUUGUCUACUUUUGCAAAUGGUAUGCCAUCAUGGGGGUAAUUCUUAUUCCUGGGCUACCAUAUGGUCUCGAAGGCAACGUAACCAAUCUGGCGAAUUUCAAUGUCAAAAAACUGAAAUAUGUAGCACGCUAUAUUUGACCCUGUAACUUCCCAAAACACCAUAAAACCUGUACAUAGGGGGUACUGUUUUACACGUGAGACAUCGCUGAAUACAAAUAUGUGUAUGUUACUGCAGUAAAAGUAAACAGUAUUUUGACAUUCACAGUUAAAAUGUCACGUAGAACUAAAAAAAAUUUUUUAAUUCUUAUUUUCUCCCAUUUUUAAAAUAUUUUUUUCAUAUUAAAUUAUUUUCCAUACCUAAAUAUUUGAUGUUAAACGAAAGCCCUGUUUCCCCUGAAUAAAAUGAUAUAUAAUAAGUGUGGGUGCAUUUAAUAUGAAAGAGGUGAAUUACGGUUGGACAUACAGCGCAAAUGCCAGGUUUUGUUUACGUUUUGUUUUGAUCACAACAUGUACAUUUGGCUGCAGUCUUAAGGGGUUAAAGAUGGUUGAGAAGGAGAUUAGUUUGUUUGUGGUUUACCAUUAGAAUUUUUUUUUUCUCUUGCUUAAAGCGGCUCUGUCAACGUCUGGGGCCUUUGCAUAAUUUGGCAGUUUGGCAGUCCUCUAAAGCCGCUGACACUUUAGCUGCCAGAAGCCAAUGUCUGCUUUCUACUCGAGCGCAUGCGCGAGAGAACAGCACUGAGAUCUAUGGAAGAUCCCACAAAAGCCUUUUUCCCCUAAACCGUCACUAGUGACAGCCAAAGGCUUGAUAAAAGAUAGAAAAGCGUAGGAAUAGUACUUAGACAAGUAGAUUCUACUCUGUCUUAGUAUAUCUUUUGGCCUGAUUGGAAAUUCAGUAAAAGAUUUUAUCUUAAUGAAAUACACAUUUUGAUUGGGUGUCAUAGCGGAUUGAAUACUAAAAAUGUGCCAUAAAGCCAGAUUUAGCUGGAAAGUCCUGUCGUCUAGUGUAAAGCAUUGCUAUGUAAUUAGUUUAUUAAUCAAGACAGUUCCCUUUGGGUCCUCUGUGAUUGAUACAUUGAUUUUAAUAUGUAGCAUGUGAAUUCUGCAUACCGCAGGAUUAUAACUACUGAUUGUGAAUAUAUAAGACACAGGAAUAAACCUAAAGGAACAUUCUAGGCUGAAGAUUUUUAAAAAAAAAUAUUGAUGUAGAUUCUCGCCUUUGAAGUUAAUACAUUUGCUACGAAUUCCCAACCAUUACAGCUUGCACCAUGACCUGUACCCUGACCUAUCAAAUAGUGCUGCCACAUCUCUCAGUGAGAGUGCUUGUAGGACAGUGAUAUUUGCAAUUCUAAAUGACCGGGAACAAGGCAGUGUUUUCCACCAUAGUCAAAGGGGAAAAAAAAUGCAUUUUUGUGCUGCUUGAUGCAAGUCUCAAAAUUUUUGCCUAUCUUAAAUUUGUUAAAGAGAAACAGAACCAUACAAAAUGCUGGUUGAAAUGGCUUUUGAGGGGAUAAAAGCAACGUGUUUUCUCUCACAGGUUCUCCUCACGCAGCUCCUGCCUGUGUUGGAAGCUUUGUUGGACAUGGUUUCAUCUCCUACAAGACAGAUACUGAAAGACCAAGCUGUUCUGUUGCACCUCUGCCUGUGCAAGUUUAACGAGCAUUCUGCCCCACUUUUGGCCAGGAACUCCCAAUGCCUGGAAAUCUUCAUUCGAGCAUUGCAGACCACUCAGACCUCCCAUCCAGGAAUGCCUUCUCCGCAAAUCAUUGCGCUCGGACAAGUAAGUUUUCUAUUUCAAAGUGGGAGGUGAAGGGGUGCCUUUUCUAGAAACUAGCACUGUUCUAUUUGGUAGUAUUUCUAAUAUUUUUCAAUUUUGUUAAUGUUUAUCUUUUUAAAAUGUGCAUGUGAUGUUACAUUUAAAUUUUCUUUAUUCAGCUCACUAUUUUAUAGCUAUUCUUUAUUAUGUUUCUUAAUGUGUCUCUAUCAGUCACUGCAGGUUUUUGUUUAGAUGGUUAUUGCUUCAGAAUUUACCAAAGAAUGAUACUGGCUGCCAUGAGAUCUAGCAGCCGGUUUAUGUACUUAGCUAGAGCCAUUUAUGUACUUUAAAGCCAUUGAUGAUCGAAUAAUCAAGUUAGUGAAUCAAAUUAGUUUACUGUUCUAGAUGUAGCACCGCUUAAGUGAAGUAUAAAUGUGCAAGAGUGAGUGGUUAAUGUUUGUUUUGUUUUAUGUGAAUUCUUGGUACAAUAAUGGUCACAUGUAUAUUCUUCAUCUUAGAUCACCAAGCCUUUCUUUGCUGCUCUGGAAGAUGGAAGUGUUCAGCAUAAAAUACUGGCUGUUCUUUUUGAUCUUCUUUCAAACUGCAAAAAUCCUGUCUGUGGCCAGAGUGUUAACAGCUCAUUUAAAGCAGUAAGUCUACAUGCUCUUCAAUGGUUGUGUAUUUAGAAUAUUCCAUGUCCUGGCAUAUUGCUGUUUUUCUAUGUAUAUGAUUUUGUAGGACCAAUACUUUGCACUAACUGUAGAAAAUAUAGAGCUUCCACCCUGUUGUAUAUACCAUGGACAUUGGCUGUUACAUCAAGUAACUUUUAAGGACUAGCUAGUAGCAUAGGACACGUGAGCCUUGUAACUGUACAUUAAACUGAUGGUUCUAGUCAUGGGGGUCUUUAAGGGAACAUUGUUGCUUAGUUUUGAUCCUCACCUUCUGGUAGAUGUUAUUUGGAUAUUCCAGGUGAUCCUGUUUAUCUAAAACCCUUAAUGGGAGACCACUUGUAACCGGCAUUGCACAUGUGGUAGCAACCCUGAUUCAUUUUAACAAUAUACCUAGAGUAGCCUGGCAAUCUACCUUAGUGAUGUCCAAAGUGCCUGGACACAGUCCAAAACUGGAUAUACAGAUAGAAAAAAAUAUCCUUUGGGUUUUCUUUGCAAAGAAAACAAAUGUUACUUUAAAGGGUUAAACCGAGCAUCAUAAUCACUACAGCCUUUUAUAAUAGUUAUGAUGCUAGCAGUACACUGGCUUGGUUCCCUAGUAAUGGAGAAAACUUUUUUUUAUUUUUUAUUAUUAUUAUUUUUUUAAUUUAUAUAUUUUUUUUUUAGCAAUGGCUUGCCUUUUUGCUGGGGUCCAAUGCUCUCUGGUGGUUGAGUGCCGUGCUUUCGGUUUCUGCAAAAGCCAGAAGCCGAGGCCAUCGUCAUUCAUUGGCUCUCAGACAAUAAACUGUCAUUCUAUGCAGUGAAAAAAUUUACAUGAGCCAGCCCGGAACUCUUGUUCCAGCUUGCUGAUGACACCCCUGUAAUGCUGCCGAAGGUGGAGUUACCUCUCUAUACUUGCAGUGUUUCAUAUAGACCCUUCUGGCUUUUCAUAUUUCUGCUGUUUGUAUAUACAUGUGUAUGUCAUUCGCUCCAUGUGUUACUUAAAGGGGAGAAAAAGAAUACCUUGCUGUAGAUGAUACUAUCAAAAGCAUUUUUUAUUUAAUUGCCUGUCCCUGACAUUUUUUUUUUUUUUUUUUUUAGAUUUCAGUAAAUGCGGCCCACGUCAGCGCAGAGCUUGAACCUCCAGGAAGAGACAAAAGUGUUAGCACUGUCCGUCAAACUAGGAGAAGUAAAAUGCAGCAGCAGCAGCAAAGGUAUGACGUCGCUCCUCUGUAACCAAACUGUACGUAAGACUUGCAGGGCUCUUGGCUACUUUUUCAAGACGUAAUCUAUUGAACUCCAUUUAAGUUCUAGACCACAAGGGGUCAUUUGUGCUUUCUAAUUUACUUGUCAUGUCAGAUUAGUAUAAUUAUUAUGUUGAAAAUACACAUAGAUAAUUUUCCAUAGGUAUUUGGUUUGCUGCUGUAGAAUUGCUAUUGAAUUUCCAUUCUUUCUCUCACCUGCAGGAAAUUACAAGCUCCCGAUAACACACCAGAAGAACAAAAUAUCAACUGGCCAAGGACCACUAUUAUACUGGAGCUGCUACAACACAAGAAGAAGAUUAAAGACCCACAGCUCUUAGUGCCAUCACUCUUUUACCUUCUCUCCAGGUAUUUUUUAGUUUCUCAUUUGAAAUUAAAAAAAGAAAUUGAAUCGUUUCAAACUGUAAUUCGAUCAUUCUAUGUAGUUCAUAUUUGAUAUUAAAAUUUAAAUUGUAAAUCACCUAACAUUUCGUUUUUGUAUUUUGUGUCCCUAGGUGCUUAGAAAUUUCAGCUACUGAACAAGAGAAUUUGGAAUACACUAAGCAGUUGAUUCUCAGCUGUCUGCUUGGCGUCUGUCAAAAGAUUGUAUCUGAUGAGGAAAGAAACCCAAAAGGUGCGUAUCUAUUUACCAAAAUAAUUUUUUAGGCCAGGUCGCAUGGCAUGUAUGGGUGAGGUGUAACGUUUGCAGAAUGUAUUGUAGAAAAAUUAUCAGGGUUGUGUAUGUAGAUCCGUCACUUUAUACCAUUUUUAGUGGUUAUGGCACCAGGGUCUCUGUUGUGUCAUACGUUGCUUAAUUUGGUCCUCCGAGCCCCCGUGAUUCUUCCAGUCUUCUGUUAUAUAACUAAUGCCGAAAGCUUUAGCGAUAUUAAUGUGGUGCUUCUUUGGACAUCAUGCAUUGGGUGCGAUUGUCAGCUUAUGUUCUUAAUAGAUAUUGCUAAAGCAGAAUGGGAACUCCCACUUUAGCCAUAACACAGAAUACCUUUAAGGACACUGUGUUCUAAGAGGAGCCAAGUAAUUCUCAAUUUAAAAAAAAAAAAUACAGUUUGACUUUUGUGUGUGUUGGUGCUUGGUAACGCCUGGCACAAAACAACACUACAGUAUGUUGUUGUGGUUAUGGUGCGUAGAGUGCCCUUUAACACGUUCAUAUCACAGACCAGAUUCUCCAUCAGCCCUUACACCUCCAAUAUCCCAUUCUCUUCUUUGUGUGAAUUAGCCAACUUUAGCCUUAUGCUAAUGUGUGCCCUAUUGAGGAGAUUAUGAUACCAAUAUCAAAUCUGAGAAACUAGAGUGGGGAUAGUUGUGGUAUAAAAUUGAGCAAUGCGUUUAGAUGCUGUUUUCUGAACCGUACAUAGUCUGUCUAUACAGGAUUAUACAUUAAAGUGUGAAUUAUCAUGAAUUUAAAGUGAAUUUAAAACUGCCAAAAUGUCAAGUUUUUUUUUUUUUUUGGUUGUUUUGACCAAAAUUUUAAAUUAGGUCAAUUUGAAUUCCCAACAAUUCAUGCUUUAGUGAAUAACCGCCUAUAAUCACACUAACUUUUAGAGAAUGAAAACUCAAAUUUUAUUUUUGGGCAACUCAUUUUUUUCUUUGUUAAAAUUAAAAAGACAUAAUCUGCAAUAUUGACAAACAUACAUGUAAGAAUAUUUUUAGUGCCGUUCACAGAAUAACCUAAAAAUAACUUCUAAUAUAUCCAACUUUUAGAUGUCCUGGAUGAGGAGAAAUUCAAUGUGGAGUUGAUUGUGCAAUGUGUCCGGACCUCUGACAUGCCACAGACCCACCACCAAGCUCUGCUACUCCUUGGAGCUGCUGCUGGAAUCUUCCCUGUAAGGAUAAGCGACGUUUAGUUCAUUAUACAUUACUUUGCCUGGUUAACAACCGUAUAGCUUCGGCAAUGUCAGAACUUUUUUUUUUUGUUGUUCUUCUAUCUUAAAUAUUUUAUUUUCAAGUCUUUUAUUCUACUAAGAAAACCAAAUUUCCGACUUGAACACAAGUGACCUGAUACAAUGCACCCCAACUCUGUUAAAGUCAGAUUUUCCUAAAAAUCUGACAUGGUGGCACUACUUUUGUUUAUCAUGGAGACAAUACUACUGCAAUCCCUUCUGUUCUGCAUUUAUGAGCAAACUGUGAUAUUUCAUGUUUAACAUGUACUCUUACUCUCCCCUACAGGAUAAAGUCCUGCACAAUAUUAUGCCUAUUUUCACCUUCAUGGGAGCCAAUGUCAUGCGCCUUGAUGACACCUACAGCUUCCAGGUCAUCAGUAAGACUGUGCAAACUGUGAUCCCUGCACUUAUACAGGUAGGAGUGAAUCUGUGUUGAACUUUUAGAAUUUGUCUCCCAUGUUUUUAUUCUGCGCUUCAUUUUUAAUUUAGUUUAAUUAUUAUUUUUUUUAAUUUCAUUUUUAUUAAAGUUAUUAACUUUUUAAUACACCAAGUUGUCAUACUCAGAAUUAAGUUACCAAAUAUACAAUUCAAACAUACCUAACAUAUAGUUCCAAAUAAUUCAAAAUAAUAAACACAAAUCUCACCUUAUCAUAAAUGAUUAAAACAUUAUAUAAUUAUCAUUCUUCAUCUAGUUGUCAAUAUUUAGUCUUCUAACUAAUACCUGCUUAUCCUUACAGUUUGUAUGGCUAUAUGUACUGUAACAUAAUGCAGUAGUAGGGGAAAAAUUUAGUUUAGUUUAUUAAAGGGACACUAUAGUCACCUGAACAACUUUAGCUUAAUGCAGUAGUUUUGGUGUAUAGAACAUGCCCCUGCAGCCUCACUGCUCAAUCCUCUGCCAUUUAGGAGUUAAAUCCCUUUGUUUAUCAACCCUAGUCACACCUCCCUGCAUGUGACUUGCACAGUCUUCCACAAACACUUCCUGUAAAGAGAGCCCUAUUUAGGCUUUCUUUAUUGCAAGUUCUGUUUAAUUAAGAUUUUCUUAUCCCCUGCUAUGUUAAUAGCUUGCUACACCCUGCAAGAGCCUCCUGUAUGUGAUUAAAGUUCAAUUUAGAGAUUGAGAUACAAUUAUUUAAGGUAAAUUACAUCUGUUUGAAAGUGAAACCAGUGUUUUUUUCAUGCAGGCUCGGUCAAUCAUAGCCAGGGGAGGUGUGGCUAGGGCUACAGAAACAAAGCGAUUUAACUCCUAAAUGACAGUGAAUUGAGCAGGGAAAUUGCAGGGGAAUGAUCUCUACACUAAAACUGCUUUAUUUAGAUAAAGUAAUUUAGGUGACUAUAGUGUUCCUUUAAUGGCAAGAUAUUGCCUGUUGAAUUUUUUCCCUUCAGUGUUCUUUUAACUUGUCAUUGUCAACACACACAUUCUGUUGUAGUAAGUAGAUAGUAAGGUGAUGCUUUUAAGGUGUUCUAAUGUUUUCCAUUGACACAGGCAGGUGAGGGAGCAUCUGAAGAGGCCAGGGAGGAUAUGGAACAGGUGGUUGGAAACAUUAUCCAUGUAUUUGUGGAUGCAGUUCCUCAUGUCCCAGAACACCGGCGGUUACCUAUUUUGUCACAGCUAAUCAACACUGUUGGGCCAAAGAGAUUCCUCUGGAUGCUGCUUGUUUUUGUUUUCCAACAACAUGUUACAAAAACUGUUACUAUGGCAACCAAUGGAGAAAAGGAUGCAGUACUGGAGAGAGAUACCGAGUUCUGGGUAUCUAUCUGCUGCGAAUUUAGUGUCUACGAUCAAAUUGAAAGUUUGAUCAAAUUACUGCAAUUCCUUAGCAAGCUGCCAGAAAAUAAAGAUGAAGGUAAUUUUAUGUAUGAAUAUAUAUAUAUAUAUUGUUAUAUUGCGCUGAACUAUUGCAUAGCUUGCUGGAGAUAUGUUUAAAGGGACACUCCAGCUCGCUGUUGUACUUUGUGUGAGAAGCAUCUCCUCUUAAUUGCAGUUUAUAAGUGCUGAUUUCUAUUUGAAAUGGAUGCUUGUAAACUAAAAUUGGAAACGCCUUCAUGGCUGUCAAUCCAUGAAGGUAAUGGAAGCGGCAGCCACACUCUGCUAGAGCGCACCUACCUUCAAUUUCUGGGUUGCAAAUUUGGAUUUCUGGUAGGUUUGGCCAAACCUUGCACCGUUAAAGGGACACUAUAGCCUCCUGAAAAAGAGAAAAUCACAGAAUUAGUGUGUGUUAUAUUGGACUUUUUAUUAUAACACUGUACUCCUCCAGCACUGACAUAGCUUCUUCUGCGCAGCCAAUCUGCUUCUCUGAUGUCAUCAGGCUUGAUGAUGUCUUGUCCAAUUAAAUGCUUUUCAUCGAGGAGCUUAAAAUCCUAUGAAAUGCCUUGAUUGACCAUUCAACAUCCUCAUACAAUGCGCGAGGAGAUUGAAUAUCAGGAAGAUGAAGAGGUCAGGGUGCUUAUAUUAAGAGAUGAAAAAGGUGGAAAUAGUUGUGGUUGAAAGAUGAAAUUGUAAAAUAUAUAAUAAACCACCAGAUUUAAAUAUAGGGUAGGGUACAAUUUAUGUUUGUGUGUGUGUAUAGACUUCAUUACAAUUUUCUGUUAUUUUCUUGCAAUUGCAGAUGAGCACGAGAAAAAAACAAGUAAGGCACGGAAGCCAAAAUCCCAGGUUCCUGAAGUGGAUCUCUUUAACAUGGAGACUCACUCUGCUAAGCAGCUUCGACAUUUUAAGUUCCUGUCUGUGUCCUUUAUGGCACAACUUUUAGCUUCACACAGUUUUGUUGGCAAGGUAAGCUCUGGCCCAUGAAAUACACAAACCCUAAAUUAGAUUUGAUAUAUCCAUUUAUUAGUGUGCUUGUUAUAUUGUAAGCUCUUUAAAUAAGAAUACUCUCCCUUGCUUAUAUGUCACUUUACUUUUUAAAGAGCUAGUGUCACCUCCAACAAUGUACAUUGAUCAGAUGACAUAGUGUACUUGGUAACGUUGCUUGUUUUAAUCUGGAGAUAACUGGUAGCACUCUUCCUAGUCUUACCUAUAACAGGCACAAGUUAUAAAUAAUUUGAAGGCCUAUAUUCUACAGAUAAUUUCUUCAACUAUGUGUUAUUGACAAAUACCACAUUUGUGUAUAUUUUUUUUUUUUUUUUUUUAAAUGGAAAAAUACGUUGUACAUUGUUUAUUUUAACAAGUCACGCUUCAAGCACCAUCACCACUGCGACUCAUUGUAAUGGCUGUGCUGCAUGGAAGUUAUUUUUAAAGCCCCCAUUUUCCCCACCUUCAUCAAAUUUAUUUAGAGAAUAUUUUACCAGGAUGGAAACAUUGAGAUUUAUCUCAUUUUCAAGUAUGUCCUUUAGUUAUAACUUGCUUGUAAUUGAUAAGUUAAGCCGGCUGCUUAUUUUUAUUCUCAAUUUCAGGUUGUUGAAUGUGAGUUUGCUGAAAAGCUGAAAAAAAUGGAACAGAGGUAAAUUUUAGUUUUGCUUAUUUAAUUUUUUUUCUUGAUGCCUCUGGCGCGAUUGCGUGACUCAAAUCUCGUUCACAUGUGACAGCAGUGUCCCAAUGAAUAACAUAUACUUUAUUUUUGUUUUACUACUGUCAAAUACGUCCUGCAAACAUCUGUUCCCUGUCACUAGAGUUAAAACGUUGGUUUUAUUUGGUCUCUGCGCAGGUUACUGGAAGAUGUCCUCCAUUAUAUCCACUUGGUUGCUGGUUCAGUGGAAAGCAAUGCAGACAAACCCACUGCAAAGUUCUGGCGAGCUCUUCUCAAUAAGUCCUAUGAGAUGUUGGAUAAGGUGAGUUCUUGUUUUUCAGCAUGGUCAGGGCCAUAAUGGAUAAUUGUCAGGGCCUGUUAUCCAUAUAAAGAAAAAGUGUAAUUGAAAUGAUUAUCAGUAGGGACUGCGGAUAUGUUCCCCUUUUAUUUGCAUGAAGUAUUAUAGCUGAUGGUGUUACCCAUCACCUUUUAGCUCUACUAAUGCGAUUGACCAUAAAGUGGGUUCAGAAGAAGCAAUGAAUGAAGUAUUUUAAGGCCGAAACAGCAAAACAAUAAAAAAAAACGCGUAACAUAUACUAUCCGCAAUCUAAACAGGCUGACAUGGAAAAAACUAUCCAAAAUAGCCAGAAUAGAUGCAGAUGAACUGCUUCAGGUCUGUGUCGCAUUGACACAUGGAGAUUUAUCACACCAGUAGGCUAAUCUGCUUAAACUAGAGGCUUUCUUGUGCACCCCUUGAACUGUUGUCAUCUCCUCAGUAAGAGACUGUGAGACCACUGUCACUUAAAGGGUACACCCAGGGAUUCACCUCUUUAUAGGUUGCUUUCUGGGUCGUCAGGGACAAGAGGUUUAAAAAAAAAAACUAGUGACCUGACGAAGGACAGGAAAGAAGAAUGACUGAUAAAGAGUGGGCAGUAUUAUUAAUGUUCAAGUCUGUUAUGUUUCCUGUCCUUUCUGUUGUGAAAGGAGGAGCUACCCACAAGUCAUUGCUGCUAUAUCAGGAAAAUGUCCUAUACUUCUAAAGGGUUUCUAGAUAUCUGAGCUCCAUCAACAUAACAGAGUUUAUCUGUGAAUCUACGUGAUUACUCUUCCAAGGUGCAUGCAGUCAAAAAUGAUAUAAAAGAACAUCUUAUAUGGUUUUCGUUUUAAAUAAUAAUAAAUAAAUAACCUCAUAAAUACCAUUAAAAGCAUAGGCCAAGCCAAGACUAACCAGUACACAAAUAUAAGUUCUGCACUCAGACUCCCACUACUCCUGGGCGGCAGCAAUGACCAACCAGUGCCAAAUGUAUACCUUCAAUUUGUUUUCGUUUUUUCUUUCUGUGGCCUUUUUUCUGUUUCUCUGAUGUGGAACUUUUUUUAAAUGAUUGUUUAUUUUUCAAUAGUAAUUAAUGUCUAUUUACUUCUUUCUGUUUGGAUUUAGUCCAGUUAAUGGCUUGUGUUGUUUAUUAUUAUUUAUUAUUUUUUUUUACAUGAUUUUGUACUCAAAAGGUCAAUGCUUUGCUGCCUACUGAAACAUUUAUCCCAGUUAUACGAGGGCUGAUGUCCAAUCAGUUGCCAUCGGUAAGGCGUAAAGCUAUGGAUCUCUUGAAUAGCAAGUUACAGCACCGCACACAAUGGCAGAGCGAACAGGUAAGAAUCAAAAUUGUCUAAAAGCCUUUUUCUCCAGAAGUAUUUAGAACUCUGUAGGCCAGGCUCAAAUUUUCCACUUGCUAGUAGCCAUUGGUAAGUGAAAAUUGAACUGUCGAGUAUAAACUCACUCCUUGAGGAUAUGCUGUGGCUUCCAGUGGCAAGUAACUCUUUAGGCUUGACUAGUGGUAUAAGACUACAAAUGUUAAGCCUUGCUAAAGGUACUUAUGAUCAUCAUAGCAUCAGCUGAAACUAGAAGUUACCUACAUGUUACUUAGCCUUGUCAUAGCUCUUCUCCUUGUACUUGCUAUUUUGUAUUAGGGAUUUCUCUAUCUUUUACAUAAAUGGUUAUAUGCUGCUCCUCCACAACGGAGUAUUCUGUUGUUUUUAUUACACAAUAUAUCUGUGAACUGAUAGAUUCUGCCAAACAGUGUGUUUUUAUAGCUUCUGUUUUAAGACACAAACUGAAAAUAAAAUGCUAACACAGAUUUAAAGAGAACAAGAAAGCAGGUAGAUGGUUUGUACAGUAUAUGUAUCAACAUCUCUUAAACUACCAACACUAGUCCAAUUUUAGCAAUAUCCUUAUUGGGAAUACUUGGCCAUUGCUAUAAUCAUAUAAAGAGGAGGAGAAAUUAAACCGUGUUCUAUUCCUGCUCAUUUGCAUCGUGAGCCAUUUCUGUGCUUGGACUCAACUGAACUGUAAUGUCACUCCCUAAAUCUUUAAUAUAAACUUAAAAGAAAUUUGAGUAAUGCAUUUCAAUUCUUCAUUACAUCUUUUGUUUUAUAGAAAAGUUUAGUAAACACGCAUGGAUAAAUAAGUUGCUUACUUGUGUGUGUUUUUUUUUUUGUUUUUGUUUUUUUUUUUACUAUUCUGUAUUGUUGUGUACAUGGUAUGAUUUUUUAUGAUUUUUUUUUGUUAGUCUUCUUUAUGUAAAUUCUAUUUGUUUUUCUUUUGUAUGAUUUUAACAAUUCUGGUACCUGAUAUAUUAAUGUCUGUCCUAUUGUAGGUUGAGUUGCUACUAGGUCUCAUUCAAGACCUUCUUUCCAUUGUACGUCGCAAACCAAACGUAGAGGAAGAAGAGCAGGCGAUCAAUAGACAAACGGCCCUGUACAGCUUGAAGUUGCUGUGCAAAUGCUUUGGCUUUCAGAGGCCAGAGGUGUUUGUUCCAGUACUAAAUGCUGCUGUGGACCUCAUCGCUCCAGAUAGCAAAGAGGAGAGGAAUGUGAUGGGCAGUGCACUUUUGUGCAUUGCUGAAAUCACCUGCACCAUAAAAGCUCUGGCAAUUCCACAGCUUCCCAGGUAAUUUCCACCAGGCUGUCUGUAGACAACACUCCUUUAUUUGAACUUUCCAUUUUUCUAUACGGAUUUAAACUCCAGGUAGAUCACUAAAUCAAAAAUGCAGACCUUCACGGGGGAAAAUAAAGGGUGCAAUUAAACCCACGAUCUGUCCAAACGUAAUAAAUAUAGCCAGCGUUUUUAUUUGUGGUCCUUUUUUUAUAAGUUUGUUAAGGUUUUUUAUUUUUUUUAUUUUAUUAAUAUUAUUGCUUAUGUUCUCAGCUUCGUUAAUAUUAUUAUUACUAUUGUUUCUCUUUUGGCGAACCCUAGUAAGAAAGUGUUAUCGUGGCCCUUUAAACACCUUCAUAUCUAUGUAGUUGCAAAAAAAGUGCCUCCAUCUUGGCUUUUUGUCAACCAGCAGCGUUUGCACCUUACUUUCAGCUUAAAGAUAUCUAUGUAUACAUGCAUUAAAUAUCUUCAGGGAGGCCACUAUAAUCAAUGUGGAGGAAUAGAGGUAGAACAAUGGUCCCCCUAGGAUUGCAUUUACAUUUUUCUGUCCUCUACUUUGUCCUUUAUUAUAGGGGGUAAGGGUAUACCUGUUGAAUAAUAAGGGGACAAACAGAAAUAAUAAUAAUUUACUUGGUUCAGUCUUUGAUGAUUGACAAUAGCACUAGUAGCUCCAUUCCGAUAUCCCAGACAUUAGAUGUGCACAUGUUCAUUCCUACUUAUUCUGUAAAUUCUUUGUCGUCUUUAUUGCAGAUUGAUGCCAACACUAUUAACCACGCUAAAGGACAAGAAGGAGCUUCUCAGUAGCGAGAUUCACUUGCUGAGCACAGUGACGGCACUACAGAAAGUAGUAGACACCUUGCCACACUUCCUCAGUCCAUACCUACAGGACUGCUUAAUGCAGGCAAGUAUGAAUAGUGAAACAUUGUUCACAUGUUUCUAUACAUUCUAUAACUGUGACAGGAAGGGAAUAGAAGGAAUGUGCUUGACUGACGUAUAAUCUGGAAAGUAAAUCUCACAAACCUAAUAAAACUUGACAAAUGUGCUGGGAAACAAAAAACCGAGCUUUUGCGAAUGUGUAUAUGUUGUAUGUAUUGAUUUUCUGUUCAUAUCCAACUGAUGGGUUAAAACAUCUUUCUCUUCCUUAGCCGGCCAUAGAAUCAUGCUAGGUUAAAUGAGUAAACAUGUCGAAGCAAACACGUUUAUUCGAAAUUCGUUUUUGUUGUAAACACAUGGGAUACAUCUACCUACAGGAAAAUAAGGCUAGACAUUGGAUUUGUUUCAUUUUAGAUUACAUAAACAUUUUCUCAACGUGAUUAAAGCGGUGUAUUCCAGUAAAUAAACAAUACACUUUUACCCAUAAACCAAGGGACUGUUUUUCUAGCAGUUUUGUUUUUCUUCUUCAUUAACAUUCAACAAAAAGCAUUAACAUGGCGUGUUCAAGGCUGCAGGCUUUGUAACAAUAACCCAUUGAAAGAAGAACAUUAUACUUUAGGGCAUUGCUUCCCAUUAGUGACAAACAUAUGUUAGCUUAUAAAUAACCAUUUCCCGAAUGGAAGAUACAUGACUUUUAUGUAGCACUUAAUACAUUUAAACUCUAUUUUCAUAUUCUGUGUGUGUAUGUAUCUGUGUACAUAAUAAAUAUAUACAUAUAUAUAACAGAGAGAGAUUGAAUCUCUAAUUGAAAGAGAAUCUGUGCUCAUUUGGCCGGUAGUGCUAUAAAUGAAGUAAACAAGCCUCCCAAUGCACCCAUUAUGCCUCUCCUGAAUUUAGAAAUAGAAAAUGGCUUUUCUUCUAUUUGCUGCAAGGUAUGCCAAAGGUAACAUUCCACCUCCUGAGAAACUACGGCUCCCAUGCUGCAUUGCCAUCCUUAAGUCUGUCAGAGUAUCAUGGGUGUUUUAGCCUUGCAUGUUGUGGGGUCACCUGCUGGUCAUCCCUGGAUUACAUUCUACUCACAGUUUUCCUCAUGUUCGGCAAAUAAGCUUUGUGCUCAUGAACUAGCACCCACAAUGCACCUGUCCAUAUUCAUAGAUACAUUGUAUUACAUUAUAUUUUAUGUUUAUUUACUAUGUGCCGAAGUUUCAGGACUCUUGCUUUGACAUCUUACAUCUUUCUGCUUUUAGGUCCUGUAUCAUAACAUUAGCCUUUAGAUCUCAUGACUCAUGCCUUUAUUUUAAUAUUUUUUUUUAUUUUGUAUUCAGGUUGCUCGACUUGACAGGAUUGCCAGUAAGGUUGGACCAACAUCUCAGUUAUCUGCAAGAGUGACCACACUAAAAACUACUUUCGCGACCAAGCUUCCAACAAGGGUUGUUCUCCCUGCAGUCAAUAAGUCCUACUGCCACAUCGCCGACACCCAGCAGGUGACAUUCCCUCUGUUUUUUCAGAUUUAUUUGAUAUUUAAAAAAAGGCAGUGUCAGUCAAUUAUCAAUACAGAAUUUAACUUGUGAGAUGCAUACUUUUAGGUGAAUUCUCAAGUUUAAGGGUACAGUCACUAUAAAUUUUACACUAGGUGUAUAUUAUCGUUUUGGAACAUGGUGAAGGUCUGAGUCUUUCUCAAGGGCACUUGAGAAGCUGACCUGCUUCUAUCUUUUUUUUUUAUAAAUUCUUUAUUUUGGAAUUUCAGUUAUAUGGGGGGUAGGGUACAGAAAAGAAAACUUGGGAUAAAGUAUACUUUCAUAGAGAUCAUGAGUUGCUUUGAUGUGUUACAAUGCUUUCAAAAAGGUAGGGUAGAUAUAUAAUUUUGUUCUUUACCUGGUGCUCUCUUUCGCUAGUGUUGUGAUGAUGCGGUUUCAACUCCGGGAGAGAAGUUGGAAUCUUAUUCGUAGAUGGUUGUAGCACUAUGUUGCAGUAUGUGAAGUUUUAGCGGGUAUAGCACAUCUGUUUUUGGUUCAGAAGUUACCUGGUUGUGUGCGUAUUACGUCUUUCGGUUCAAUGUUUGGUCGGUGUGUUUAUGAGGUUUUCCUCGGGGGGAGUAAGAAGUGGUAUUGGGGGGGGGGAGGGUGGGUCUGGUGGGGGAUUUGGGUUUCUUGCCGGGUGAGUAGGCCUGUCAUCUCUUAGUGUCUUUUAGUUUGUGGGUCCUUGGUGCGUGGGCGGUUCUGGCCUGGAGUCGGCCGUGGUCUGUCCCAUGGGCUUUUAGUUAGGGACUGCAGGGGCUGUCGCCCAGGGUUGGGUGUAUUGGUCAAGGUCUCGGUGGGUGUUCCUUGUUCUGUGUGUGGUGUGCGGUGGGUAGUCUCUGUUGGCUUUGUCUGAAAUGCUUAUUUGCGCUUUGUGUCUGGGGUUGUGAGUUCCGUCAGGGGUGGUCUGGGGGUUCUUCCCUCCUGUCGUGUUUGCGUGGUGUGGUGUUCGUGAUAGGUGCGUCCAGGGCCCCUGUCUGGGUGGUGGUCUAUGCUGGAGGUGCUCUGGUUAGAGCUCUUGUUUGCGUUGGCUGAAUAUUUCGUAUGUCCUUGUUUGGUUAGUGUUCGUGGUCUGGUGCUGGCGGGUUUGGGGUGGUUCAUGGGGAUCAGUCUGUUUUGGUGUUGUGGGAGGGGAGGGUUGUGUGUGGUGGAUCUAGUGUAGGGUGGUGUGACUGUGUUUGUCUAGUGUGGUUGGGGUGAGCGGUUUGGUUGUUUCUUGCUGUGGGGAUGGGGGUUCCGGGAAAGGAACAUUUUGGUUGGGGAAGUGUGGUUCCCGGGACGGCCUUUGAGGUUUUCCCUCCUCGGGGGCCACCCCCCGCCUGGUGCAUCCCUUGGCAGUAAGUGCCUUAUAUUGUUGGGAAUUCGAAGAUCCAUGGUUCCCAUAUCUUGUCGAAGUGUCUAGUGGUAUCAUGUACCAGGGCGGUAAGUUUGUCCAUCUUCAUGGUUUCAUUAAUUUUUCGUUGGAUGAGCGCUACGGGUGGGGUGUCAGGGCUUCCCCAUUUCUCCGCGAUUGCUCGCCUAGUGCCAGUUUGGCUAUCAAUUUAUUGUGUGCCCUUGGGGUGUCUCGGAGGGGCCUGGAAAGGAGCCACAGCCAUGGGUCCAUCGGGAUAGUGGUGUGUAGUGCCUGUGAUGCCAGUUGCGCUAUAUGGUGCCACACCGUGGCUACUCGAGGGCACUCCCACCAUGUGUGUAUGAAGGUUCCCCUGUUCCCGCACCCCUUCCAGCAGAGGUCGUUGUCGGAUUGUUUCAUUUGUUGCAAACGUAGUGGAGUGAGGUACCAUCGGAAAAGAGUUUUAUACGCUUGUUCUUUAUGAUUCCUGCUUCUAUCUUUUAAUGCACACAUUUGAAUACAAUGCAUAAAUGAUGUCAGUGCUGUAUCUGAAAGGAUAGAUGGUGGUAACAGGGUAAGCUGUAAGCUCAGGAGCCGGUCUGGUUUUUGGUUUUGUGUUUUCUGUUUUCCAAAUAUUUCUUGUGUUUUGCUAUGUGCAGCAUAAAUACUUGGGCUCUCUGAUGGAUAUUCUGCGCGAACACAUUGCGGUAAUGGACAAGCAACAGCUGACUUCUCACCAGUCCGAGCUCACCACGUUCUUCAUGAAGGCUCUGGAUUACCGCACAGAGCAUAGUCAGGUACUAUUUAAUUAUCAUUCGUUACUCUGUCCAGUUUGUAAACAUUGUACAAAUGCACCACAGAAAGAUAGAAGUGUAAGGUUAAAGACAAUGCAACAUUAUGUAUUGGACGGUGCACCAGCAAUGGCUAUCUAUGUUAAGGCAAAUGUUUGCGCCUUCGUUUGAUCGAGUUACAUAAAUCCAUAUUCUUCUGUGUAAAUGGAAAGUUUAAAUAGAAAGUUGAAAUAGAAAUGUAUGUAGGGCCAAGGAUAGCCAUCACAGCUCUAUAUGAAGGAAUUCAUUUGAAUGCAGUUGGAAUGGCAAAAUUCAACUCACUGCUGAGAGAUAUAUGAUGUACAUAGGAUUCGUCACUGCUGUACUAUUGUUUCCUAUACUACAACUUUAUAACCUCUUCUCUACAGGACGAUCUCGAACACGUGGGCCACACUGAAGGCCAUAUCAUUGACUGUCUAAUCAACAUGGUGAUGAAGCUUUCUGAGGUGACAUUCAGACCACUCUUCUUCAAGGUAAGACUUGUGCCAUGAUAUACUUUGAUAGCUAGUAAAUCUGCUGUUUGCAAGUAAAUAACAUGUUCCUCUUUACUUGCAGCUAUUUGAUUGGUCCAAGACAGAAGGCUGUUCAAAUGACAGGCUAAUAACAUUCUGCCGUUUGUCGGACUGCAUUGCAGACAAGCUGAAGGGACUAUUUACUUUGUUUGCUGGUCAUCUUGUGAAACCAUUUGCUGAAAUUCUAAAUCAAACAAAUGCAGUUAAAACUGGUAGGUCUAUUAAAUAGUAAGUAAAAUAAAAUUAGUCUCACUAAUUUGGCAGUUUAAAUGGUGGUGCUAGGGUGUAUUUUAUACAUUUAUGCAUUGAUUUUUUUAUUUUUCAUGGAGUAUGCAUGUUUCAAGAGUUCUCUAUAAAUGAUCAGCCCCAGCAUGUCCGAGAUUUUUAUUUAUUUAUUCUGAUUUGUAAAGCCCUGAGACUAUGCAUUUUGUUAUAAAUGUUUUUCAAUGUAAUCUUUCUAGCUAGUAUCCGUUAAAAAAUUUUUUACUUCAAUUAUUCAAGACAAAUAGCUGCUGUUUAACCGAUCAAUAGUGCAGAAUACUUUUUUAUCUGCACAAAAACACAAUGCCUAAAUGGAAUAUUACAGCACUCCGCAAGGCAUGGGAAUGGUUUUAUUUUUUUUUAUGCAGUAGUAUACAAUUUUCAUUCUAUCACUUUAUUGAAAAGCACACUAUUCGGUAAAUAAAAACUUGGUUAAAAAUAAUGAAUUUUGAGUUGGUAAACUGCAUCCUUACUUAUCUUGUUAUAACCAUGUAUUCAUUUUCUUACCAGAUAAACCAUUUUUCAAUACAGACAACAAUGUUGAGAAAAGUGGCCUAAUCCUGGAGUUCGUCUUAAACUGUUUGCACAAAAUCUUCUUGUAUGAUACCCAGCGUUUUGUGAGCAAGGAAAGAGCAGAAGUGUUAAUGAUGCCUCUGGUUGAUCAGGUAUGCCUCUUUCUCUUUGGAUAACUGCGUGUACACAAUCCAGCUAAUCCGUAUUUUAGGACUGGGGGAGCAUAAUCAAUUUUAAUAAAUUCUGUCCAGUACUUGUCAAUCUGAAUGCCAAUUGUAUUCUUUCCUUGUUGUAUUUUGAAAUUUGCAUCCAAAUAUAUAAAACGAUUUUGACUGCUCGACUAUUCAAUUACAGCUGAUGACAGUUAACCUCUUUCAAUUCAUCCUUGCAAGAUGAUCUGUAAAAUACAUGCCGUAAUCCAUAUUAUGCAUACUUUAUCCUCUUAUUAGCUUGAAAACACACUUGGAGGAGAUGAGAAAUUCCAAGCAAGAGUGAGUGGUUGUCUUGUCCCCUGUAUAGCUCAGUUCUCUGUUGCAAUGGCGGAUGACUCACUGUGGAAACCUCUCAACUAUCAGAUACUCCUGAAGAUGCGCCACUCCUCUCCCAAGGUUAGUAAAUCACUGUAUGAAAGCUCCGUGUUCACAAUGUAAAUGCAAUAUUGGUUAGAAAGGUUAAACAAUUGGUACUGGAGACAGGGUUUGAGAAAAAAAAAGGAACCCAAUGGACUGUUCCUGCUGAUUGCCAACUCUAGUUUUAGUUAUCUGUGCAUUUUUCCAUAAUUCGUAACAGAAUACACUUGUUAUUAUUGAAAUGUUUUGGAGGCUUUUUUUUUUUUUUUUCUUAUUUUUUUAUCUUUCUUUUAUCUUGUGUGAUCAUUCGUAUUCAGUAUAGUUCAAGUUCCAGCAGUGAUGCCAACAUCAGCUAAUGACAUUUUUCUAUGAAACACGAUAUAAUGUAAUGUUUUCUCCUCCCUGUGGCUAGGUUCGAUUUGCAGCAUUGCUGGCGUUGGUCGACCUUGUUGAAAAGCUAAGAGAGAACUACAUGGUGCUGCUCCCAGAAACAAUCCCUUUCCUGGCAGAACUCAUGGAAGGUGAGGAUUCAUGCAGAACAUGCUGUCCAUUAUUGUAUUGGACAUUUCAUGCUUUCAAACCCGAUGCAACUGCUCUCCUCCUGCGUGCCUUAUCUCGGUUCACCCUAUGCUUGCAGUUGUGGGUAAACAUAUGUAAAUUUAUGCCAAAAUCUGCAUGGUUAAUAUGGAUUUCAUAAAUUAACCACGUGAUGUAAAAUAUAAAAAAAAACAGUCAGCUAUGCUUUAGGAAAACAAUCAUGGCAUUUUGAGGUCGUAAAGAAAUCCUAAAAUACUGAUCAAAUAUUGAUGCACUUGUUUUUAACUGUAUUGAAUUUGAACGCAAUCCCUGAACAUGUGUUUCUUUGUAGAUGAAGAGGAAGAGGUAGAACAUCAGUGCCAGAAGACAAUCAAACAUCUUGAAACUAUUUUGGGAGAAUCACUUCAGAGCUAUUUCUAAGUGAAGAAUAAGAUGACGAAGAACAACCUACAACACAUAUUCACACAAAAGCUGUUGGAACAUAACUGAAUAAUUCUUUCAUGAUGUUCAUAUGGAAUUUUGUUUAUAUCGAUAUUUUGUACAUUAGACUUGAAGUUUUUCCCCAAUUUCUGUCAGUUAAAUGCGUGAAAGAAGUGCAGAACUUAAAAUCUCAAUUUAAUUUCUUCCCCCAAAAGUGGACAGUUUAUGAACCAAUCUGUGAAAGUGUGAAUUUUCAGGAAGGUUCUUUCAAAUUUGAAGCAACACUGGAAAAAUUCCGCUCAGUUUUUGGUUAAGCAAUUUUGACCUACAAACUUAAAUUCACUUUGAAGUCCAAACAUAGUCUAGUUUUCAGUAAUAACUGCGCUGGCGUCCAAACAUCCCUGAGGCAUGCAAAAAAACCUAUGGGAUCCUUCAAUGCUUGUGCAGGAAAUCCUGAGUGAGGUUAACCUCAUUUCUAAUUUUGGGAUUAAUAACGAAAUUCCAACAUCAAGUAAAUUGAAGUCUAAAUCUCAAAAUUAAGGCUGAAAUAGUCAAACAGUGGCUGUCUAACCUGGAAAAUUCUGUAGUCAGCUAUAUUUUUGGCAAAAUGUUGCCAUUAGGAUUUCACCUGAUGUUUGGCUUCACCUGGGAUCUGGGAGUAUUUGCUAGGAAAAGUAGAGCGUCAGCCGCACACUUAUACUGUGUGUGUAUAGAUGUUACGCUUUACUUUUGAUUCGAAUAUGAAUUUGAAAGAUUAUAAGAUUUAUAGAGAUUUUUUAAUCUCUUUAAGCUUUGUACAUGCAUGAGUAUGUGGGUUUUUGUAAAUGAUUACAUUCUCAUUCUUUAUAGUUUAAAAAGGGCUUUUUUUUUGUACAACAAUUUAAGAUUAGCAGAUAUUAUGAAGAUAUUCUCUAAUUUGUUAUAUUGUAUACCCUGUAUGAAGGAGCUAACAGGAAGGACAUGUGUAUGAAGGGGUUAAACAUGUAAGCAGAUGGCAUCUAAACAAUUAUGGUUUCCCGGAGAGCUUAUAGGAGGGGGUGGGGUGUCCAAGAAACUCCCUAAAGGAGUACUGAGAUGGUGAUCUAAUCGCUAAACGGCGACUGGAGGCAACUUGAAAACAGGAUUUGCAAAAUAGUGGAAUAAAAAAAAUAAAUUAAAAAUCCAACUCUUAAAAUUCCAGCUUGAACAUUUUAUUCUACAUUUUGUAUAUUUAGCAAUGGAUUUAUUAUUUUUGACAAAUUCUGCUCUACAUGCCUUUUCUCUUACUCUGUCUUUGAAAAAGUUUAAAUGGAUUAGUAUAGAACUAGUAUACGCGAUUUUAACUAGGUGUUCAUUGAUCCUAAUGUCUUUAUUGGCAUCUGCUAGUAAGCAAAAUCCACACGGUGAGCAAGCACAUUGAAGUUGUGAAGAUAAACGAUCUAUCCAGAAGAGGGCAGUGUUGGUAUACAAAUGAAAUGUUUUUCGGUAACCUGUUAUCGUUUUAAACUCUUUAUAUUAAAAGAAAACUAGCCCUAGUGAUUUUCUUUUCUUUGCUUUCAGACGUCAACAUGUUGUCUUAGCUUAUCCUGUGUAAAUAAAUAUGUGAUGUAAAUUGUUCCAUUAUCAAACUUAAUAACCAUAAUGCACCACUUUUUUUUGUAGCUUGUCUAAACUAAUUAGACUGUAAAUACAUUUUGUACAAUGGGUCAGGUGUUUGAGUUAUAGUACACUCUUCUGUCUGAGUUGCCUAGCAGUUCCCAACCGUAAU